AUGGCUCAAAAGGUUAAUGGCUGUUGUUGAUGCAAUAAAAGUGUUGAGUCGCUGGGUCUGAAAUAUUUCUGGUUGUUAAUGGAGUGGAACUGAAGUUAAAGGUAGACUCAGCCUCAUUGCCACGAGCAGCACCGCAGAUAUUGAGAUGAGCGAGAUGGAAGACUUCGCUCUCACACAGUCACACACAGUAUCUGUGUAUGUGCACAGGUUUGCUUCACGCUGUUCACAGCGUGGUAGCCAGGCCACCAAAACAGCGGAGAAGUUGUACCCACUAUGCUGUUUACUUUCUGCAUCUACAUCAUAUCGCUGAGUCUAGCUUUAAGAGUGCUCUAUGUUUGGUGGAAGGGGCCGUAUACACUAAGCGUCUCAAAAAGUCAUAGGAAUCCUGUUAAAACCUGUUUUAAGAUUACAAAUAAGUUUUCAAAUGUUUUAUGCAACAUUAUUGGCAAGUAAUUUGAUGCCUACUGAGCCAAAGCUAUUUAGAGUUGUUAAACGGUUGUGUUGAUAUAACAGUAAUUGCCUAUUAUACAAAUUCUGCUUUUAACAGCCAUCAGAAUUGAUAAAAAAAACGUAUUAGUCAAAAAUUAUAUCAAACGUUUUACCAUUGCAAUGUUUGAUGGUUGAGGCGUGUUAUAGAAUUCACAGCUGGCGAUGCUUCAUUGCGAUUGGUUAUUCCUCAUCAUUUGCAACAAUGCCAAUGAGCGUUAUCACUCUUUCCUUUGCGAUACCUCAAACGGUCAUGAUUACCAGGUGAGAAACUUUUAUGAGUUGAUUUUACUCCUGGCUCAGAGUGUCUGGGCAGUGUCUUAACAUCAUCCUAAAAUCUACUCUGAGCUGGGAGUGCUUUAUUGUAUUAAAACGGGUUUUAACAGGAUUCCUAGGACCUUUUCUGGGAUGUCUUGUAGAUAUGGGCCCUGGUCUGGGGACUACGUGGUGCAGUUCUUUGCACCCCCUUUGCCUGUGUGUGCCCACCUAUAACCGCAGCCAUCCUCUGGACCUGGUUAUUACCAAGUGGCUUUCUAUUGACAUAUCCUCUAUUGUUGAUGUUGCUUUGUCUGAUCUCCACUGUGUAUUUUUUUUUACUACUACCAGGGUAAUACUGUGCUAACACAUUAUUAAGAAAAGCUAUCUUACCUCUGAAGUUGCUACAGAUUGUAUUGAGUGUAUGAACAAUACUCCAUCACCUAUUCUGCCCUCCUCUUGUGAUGAUUUAGUUAAUAACUUCACUAGCAGAUUAAGGGCAACCAUUGAUGCCAUAGCUCCAGUAAAGUUGAAAAAAGCCACAUCCAAACGGAGAGCCCAUUGGAUGAGUGAGGAAACUAAUUAAUGAAAGAGAAAUUGAAGAAGGCAGAGCGGAAGUGGAGAAAGUCAAAGUUGCAGAACCAUUAUGAUAUUCUGAGAGAACAAAUUGGCAUAUACAGUACCAGUCAAAAGUUUGGACACACCUACUCAUUCCAAGGUUUUUCUUUAUUUUUACUCUUUUCUACAUUGUAUAAUAAUAGUGAAGAUAUCAAAGCUAUGAAAUAACACAUAUGGAAUCAUGUAGUAACCAAGAAAAUGUUAAACAACUGAAAAUAUAUGUUAUAUUUGAGAUUCUUCAAACCAGCCACCCUUUGCCUUGAUGACAGCUUUGCACACACUUGGCAAUCUCUCAACCAGCUUCAUGAGGUAGUCACAUGGAAUGCAUUAAAAGUCAAUUUGUGGAAUUUCUUUCCUUCUUAAUUUUUUGAGCCAAUCAGCUGUGUUGUGACAAGGUAGGGGUGGUAUACAGAAGAUAGCCCAAUUUGGUAAAAGACCAAGUCCAUAUUAUGGCAAGAACAGCUCAGAUAAGUGAAGAGAAACGACAGUCCAUCAUUACUUUAACAUUUACAUUUUUUGUUUUACAUUUUAGUCAUUUAGCAGACGCUCUUAUCCAGAGCGACUUAGAGUUAGUGAAUGCAUACGUUUUAUAAAUUUUUUUCAUACUGGCCCCCCGUGGGAAAUGAACCCACAUCCCUGCCGGCCAAACCCUCCCCUACCUUGGACGAAGCUGGACCAAUUGUGCGCCGCCCAUGGGUCUCCCGGUUGCGGCCGGCUGCGACAGAGCCUGGACUCGAACCAGGAUCUCUAGUGGCACAGCUAGCACUGCGAUGCAGUGCCUUAGACCACUGCGCCACUCCAACCUUUAAGACAUGAAGGUCAGUCAAUACGGAAAAUGUCAAGAACUUUGAAAGUGCAGUCGCAAAAACCAUCAAGCGCUAUGAUGAAACUGUCUCUCAUGAGGACCGCCACAGGAAUGGAAGACCCAGAGUUACCUCUGCUGCAGAGGAUAAGUUCAUUAGAGUUAUUAGCCUCAGAAAUUGUAGCCCAAAUAAAUGCUUCACAGAGUGCAAGUAACAGACACAUCUCAACAUCAACUGUUCAGAGGAGACUGCGUAAAUCAGGCCUUCAUGGUCGAAUUACUGCAAAGAAACCACUACUAAAGGACACCAAUAAGAACAAGAGACUUGCUUGGGCCAUGAAACAAGCAAUGGAUAUUAGACCGGUGUAAAUCUGUCCUUUGGUCUGAUGUGUCCAAAUGUCCGAUUUUUGGUUCCAACCACCGUGUCUUUGAGAGACGCAGAGUAGGUGAACGGAUGAUCUCUGCAUGUGUGGUUCCCACCAUGAAGCAUGGAGGAGGAGGUGUGAUGGUGUGGGGGUGCUUUGCUGGUGACACUGUCUGUGAUUUAUUUAGAAUUCAAGGCACACAUAACCAGCAUGGCUACCACAGCAUUCUGCAGCGAUACGCCAUCCCAUCUGGUUUGUGCUCAGUGGUACUAUCAUUUGUUUUUCAACACGACAAUGACCUAACACACCUCCAGGCUGCGUAAGGGCUAUUUGACCAAGAAGGAGAGUCAUGGAGUGCUGCAUCAGAUGACCUGGCCUCCACAAUAACCCAACCUCAACCCAAUUGAGAUGGUUUGGGAUGAGUUGGACCGCAGAGUGAAGGAAAAGCAGCCAACGUGCUCAGCAUAUGUUGGAACUCCUUCAAGACUGUUGGAAAAGCAUUCCAGGUGAAGCUAGUUGAGAGUGUGCAAAGCUGUCAUCAAGGUAAAGGGUGGCUACUUUGAAGAAUCUAAAAUCUAAAAUAUAUUUUGAUUUGUUUAACUAUUUUUUGGUUACUACAUGAUUCCAUAUGUGUUAUUUCAUAGUUUUGAUGUCUUCACGAUUGUUCUACAAUGUAGAAAAUAGUAAAUAUAAAGAAAAACCCUUGAAUGAGUAGGUGUGUCCAAACUUUUGACUGGUACUGUAUAAUAAGGCAAUUUGAAAUGCCAGACGGGCUCAUUUUUCUAAGUUGAUCACUAAUAAUCAGAAUAAUUUGAGAGUACUCUUCUCAACCAUUGAUGGCCUGAUAAAUCCUACCCCUGCAAAUCUAUGUGAACUUUCCUACACAUCUAAAUGUGAUGAGUUUGCGACAUAUUUCAGAGAUAAGAUAACAAACGUUAGGCUUGGUAUCAGUCAAGACCUGAUUAGAAGUUUGAUGAUGUGUCCUAGCCUACCACGCAAAGGCACUAUGGAUUUAUUUUCCCUGGUUGACACAGACAUGCUCAAGAAAGUGAUAUUACAACUUAAGCCUUCUCGAUCCUAUCCCCCCCACCUUCUUCAAAACAGCUUUUAAUUGCAUAUCUGAAGAAGUGCAAGCUAUUGUUAAUCACUCCCUGUUCACAGGCACUUUCCCCACUGCUCUAAAAAACUGCUAGUAUUCUAGAUUCUUCAGCGCUUAGAUAUUUUCAGCCAAUCUCCAACCUAUUCUUAGGCAAAAUCUUAGAGCCAAUACAGAUGCCGAACUGUCACAAGUGUAGAGAGGAGUAGGCAGGAGGCAGGAGGCAGUCGCAGGUUUAGAACUACUGAAUUUAUUAAAGCACCAUAGCUUAAAGUGGGAUGAAACCCACAGUGCAAAAUAUAAAGUACUCAGGAAAUAGUAGGAGAGAUACCUCUCAGGAAAACAAGCAACAUAUACAAUGACAGACAAAGACAAAUGACAGUGAUAGAGUGGGGAUUGGAACCAGGUGUGUGUAAUGAUGACGAGACAAGUCUGGGGUUGAUGAGUGAAGGGCGUUGCCAGCAGCAGGUUUGGCAGCAGCUAGAACGCUGGCGACGCCGAACGCCUGAGCUGGACAGGAGGGGGUGUCUUGGAUUUAAGUGCUGCAAUCAACACUGUUGACCAUGAUGUCCUUCUAGACAGACUGGAGAGGUGGGUUGGCCUCUCAGGUCCAGUUCUAAAUUGCUUUAGGACCUAUUUAACCAGUUGAGAGUUUUUUGUCACAUAUUGUGUUCCACAAAGUUAGAUUUUGGGUCCGGUACUGUUCAGUUUAUAUAUGUCACCCCUUGGCAGCGUUAUCAGAAAGCACAGCAUUGAUUUUCACUGCUACGCAGACGAUACACAACUUUACAUUUCUGUGUCACCGGAGGAUUUUAGCUCCACGGAUAAAUUAUUAGACUCUAUUAGUGAUUUAAAUACUUGGAUGGCUCACAACUUCCUCCAGCGAAAUCAAGACAAGACCAAGGUACUUAUUGUUGGAGCCAAAGCACAGAGAGAGAAUCUGGCCGCACAUUUUAAUUCACGGGCAAUAAAGAUAAAACACAAGAUAAAAAACCUAGGUGUUAUUUUAGAUUCUGAUCUCAAUUUCAAAUCACACAUUAGGAAUGUGACCAAAAUAUAUUUUACCACCUGAGGAACAUUGCCAAGGUGCGGCCGUUUUUCUCUCAGACUGAUACAGAGAGGCUUGACUACUAUAAUGCUCUCCUGUGUGGUCUACCCAAGAAAGCCAUUUGCAAAACAUACAGAAUGCUGCAGCACGGGUACUGACCAAGACCAGAUGGAGAGCAGAAAUUGCACUGGUUUUAAGGUCUCUGCACUAGCUGCCUGUGAGUUUAAGAAUUCAUUUAAAGAUUAUUCUAUUGGUUUUUAAAUCAAUCCACGAUUGUGCACCCCAAUACAUGUCAGACAUGCUUUUAAGUUAUGUACCCAGUAGGUCCCUCAGGUCCUAUGGCACUGGCCUUUUAACUAUCCCAAAGCCUAGGACCAAGAGGCAUGGAGAGGCAGCCUUUAGUUAUAAUCCCACCAGCCUCUAGAAUGUGUCUUUGUGUCUGUGUGAGAGAGAGCGAGAGAGAGAGAAAGGUGUGUCACAGUCUUGGAGCACAUAUUGGUGCAGUCUUUUGGCCCUAUAAACCCUUUUUGCCUGUGUGUGUGUGUGUGUGUGUAUGUGUGUGUGUGUGUGUGUGUGGGUGUGGGUGUGUGGUGAGUAUGUCUUACAUUUUUUGGAGCCUGUCCCGUCAUGUAUCAUGAACACCUUGGCCAGAUCCCAGAACCAAAGCUGUCUCUAGCUAUCCUUAAUUAGCACAGGAAGAAACCUUGCCCCACUGUAAGGAAUGGUCUGAAAGGAAUCUGUCGGCAAUCACAGAGAAAGAGAGGGAGAGAGAGAGUGGGAGAGAGAUAUUUUGAGUUGUAAGUGGAGUUUUGUGUCUGGUCAUGAUACACUGAUACUCAAGGAGAGAGACAGAGAAGAGAGUCAGACAGAGAAGAGAGUCAGAGAGAGAGAGAGAGAGAGAGAGAGAGAGAGAGAGAGAGAGAGAGAGAGAGAGAGAGAGAGAGAGAGAGAGAGAGAGAGAGAGAGAGAGAGAGAGAGAGAGAGACAGAGAGACAGAGAGACAGAGACACAGAGACACAGAGACACAGAGACACAGAGACACAGAGACACAGAGACACAGAGACACAGAGAGACAGAGAGACAGAGAGACAGAGAGAGAGAGACAGAGAGACAGAGAGACAGAGUGGGUCAUAAGUGGAGUUUUGUGUCUGGUCAUGAUCCACUGGGCAGCUUAAGAAUGAAGGGUCAACAAUCUGAAAUGGAGACAGAGGUCCCUGAAUACUCUGACUUUGGUAAGUUUGGCCUUAUUUAGUCGCAUCACAAUUUGGACAGCAGUUGUCUAAAGAGCUAACGUGUGUUUUUCAGUCUAUAUUUGUGAAAGUUAUAUGGAUAUUGCAUACAUCAUAUGCAAUGGAGAAUUUCUGACUGAUUCAUUCAACUUUACUGCAAAAUUCAUGGUGAUUUCACUGAUGAAUGCAUCAUACUCAAAGUGUGAACAAGACAUACUGUAACACAGAAAAUUGAUGCUAUUUAUUAAAAUAUUUCUGCAAUAUUGACCCUUUUCUUCUAUGUUGGAACAAACAACUAAUUUCAAAUUAUUCUUGACUCUUCGACCAAUGUAUACUCUAGCCACCAGUUGUACCACCAAUUGGAUGUGUCCCAAAUGGCACCCUCUUCCCUAUAUAAUGCACUACUUUUGACCAGAGCCAUAUGGGCCCUGGUAAAAAGUGGUGCACUAUAAAUACGGUGCCAUUUGUGAUGCAGACUAUGUAAUGUAGCGUCUUUCUUUUCCCAAUAGUGGAGCAAGAACAGAUUCAGAAGAGAACCUUCACCAAUUGGAUCAAUGCUCAACUAUCUAAGGUGAGUCUAAAGAUGGAAAGUCCAGUGUGUGUGUGUAUGUAUGUGUGUGUGUCUGUGUAUGUGUGGGCAUGCGUGCUUGCGUCUGUGCAUUCGUGUGUGUGUGUCAGGCAACAUGAGUCUAAGAUGGAGUAUAGCAACAUUACGUGAUUGCCUGGAUAGAUAUAACUUGAAUAGGUUUAAGUUAUGAACAUGAAAAGAGAGAAGAGACACAAAUAGAUAUCUGGAGAUACAGUUGAAGUCGAAAGUUUACAUACACCUUAGCCAAAUACAUUAAACUCAGUUUUUCACAAUUCCUGACAUUUAAUCCUAAUUUAAAGGUCAGUUAGGAUCACCACUUUAUUUUAAGAAUGUGAAAUGUCAGAAUAAUAGUAGAGAGAAUGAUUUAUUUCAGCUUGUAUUUAUUUAAUCACAUUCCCAGUGGGUCAGAAGUUUACAUACACUCAAUUAGUAUUUGGUAGCAUUGCCUUUAAAUUGUUUAACUUGGGUCAAACGUUUCGGGUAGCCUUCCACAAGCUUCCCACAAUAAGUUAGGUGAAUUUUGGCCCAUUCCUCCUGACAGAGCUGGUGUAACUGAGUCAGGUUUGUAGGCCUCCUUGCUCGCAAACGCUUUUUCAGUUCUGCCCACAAAUGUUCUAUAGGAUUGAGGUCAGGGCUUUGUGAUGGCCACUCCAAUACCUUGACUUUGUUGUCCUUAAGCCAUUUUUCCACAACUUUGGAAGUAAUUGUCCAUUUGGAAGACCCAUUUGCGAUCAAGCUUUAACUUCCUGACUGAUGUCUUGAGAUGUUGCUUCAAUAUAUCCACAUAAUUUUCCUUCCUCAUGAUGCCAUCUAUUUUGUGAAGUGCACUAGUCCCUCCUGCAGCAAAGCACCCCCACAGCAUGAUGCUGCCACCCUCGUGCUUCACGGUUGGGAUGGUGUUCUUCGGCUUGCAAGCGUCCCCCUUUUUCCUCCAAACAUAACGAUGUUCAUUAUGGCCAAACAAUUCUAUUUUUGUUUCAUCAGACCAGAGGACAUUUCUCCAAAAAGUACGAUCUUUGUCCCCAUGUGCAGUUGCAAACCGUAGUCUGGCUUUUUUAAUGGCGGUUUUGGAGCAGUGGCUUUUUCCUUGCUGAGCGGCCUUUCAGGUUAUGUCGAUAUAGGACUUGUUUUACUGUGGAUAUAGAUACUUUUGUACCUGUUUCCUCCAGCAUCUUCACAAGGUCCUUUGCUGUUGUUCUGGGAUUGAUUUGCACUUUUCGCACCAAAGUACGUUCAUCUCUAGGAGACAGAACGCGUCUCCUUCCUGAGCAGUAUGACGGCUGCGUGGUGCCAUGGUGUUUAUACUUGCGUACUAUUGUUUGUACAGAUGAACGGGGUACCUUCAGGCAUUUGGAAAUUGCUCCCAAGGAUGAACCAGACUUGUGGAGGUCUACAAUUCUUUUUCUGAGGUCUUGGCUGAUUUCUUUUGAUUUUCCCAUGAUGUCAAGCAAAGAGGCACUGAGUUUGAAGGUAGUCCUUGAAAUACAUCCACAGGUACACCUCCAAUUGACUCAAAUGAUGUCAAUUAGCCUAUCAGAAGCUUCUAAAGCCAUGACAUCAUUUUCUGGAAUUUCCCAAGCUGUUUAAAGGCACAGUCAACUUAGUGUAUGUAAACUUCUGACCCACUGGAAUUGUGAUACAGUGAAUUAUAAGUGAAAUAAUCUGUCUGUAAACAAUUGUUGGAAAGAUGACUUGUGUCAUGCACAAAGUAGAUGUCCUAACCAACUUGCCAAAACUAUAGUUUGUUAACAAGACAUUUGUGGAGUGGUUGAAAAACGAGUUUUAAUUACUCUAACCUAAGUGUAUGUUAACUUACGACUUCAACUGUAAAUCGUCACAGCUCCCCCGUCCAUUUUACUUUUCAGGAGACGCUUUUGAACUGAAACAUGCUAUUUUAAGAUGGAUAACCUCACCACUCUCAUCUGCAACGCCCUGUCCAAACUUAACCGGUAACACCACUCGUAAAACAUCCCUCGUGUAGUCUCUACAUGAUGCUGUUAUGAGCGUAAUAUACUAUAACUUUAUUAUCAUUUUGUGAGGUCAGCAUACAAAAUACACACACUCAAGCCACUGUUUGGCACAAAGCCAACUUCAUAAGCUUACAAAGAUAAUUGUUUAUAGUCAUGAGACUAUAAAGACACUUCUUGUCAGAUCUGUUGCUAAAAACUGAAAUCAGCUGUCAUUACUGUCGAAGACUUCCAUGACUCUGAUGUGUUCAGGUUAAAACCAUGAGGAGUAUGGCCUGUGUGGUCCAGCGGUUAGUAUCCCAGACUCCGGCAAACAUGUAUACCAGAGUAGGGUUUGAAUCCGACCCACUGCCCAUUUGACUCACAAUAUCUCCCACCUUUCCUGUUUCCUCUUCACUGUCCUAUCUUAAUAAAUACAUAAAAACUCUCCCCCCCAAAAUAUAUAUAAAGUAUAUACAGUACCAGUCAAAGGUUUGGACACACCUACUCAUUCAAGGGUUUUUCUUAAUUUUUACUAUUUUCUACAUUGUAGAAUAAUAGUGAAGACAUCAAAACUAUGAAAUAACACAUAUGGAAUCAUGUAAUAACUGAAAAAGUGUUAAACAAAUCAAAAUAUAUGUUAUAUUUGAGAUUCUUACCUUGAUGACAGCUUUGCACACUCUUGGCAUUCUCUCAACCAGCUUCAUGAGGUAGUCACCUGGAAUGCAUUUCAAUUAACAGGUGUGCCUUCAUAAAAGUUAAUUUGUGGAAUUUAUUUCCUUCUUAAUGCGUUUGAGCCAAUCAGUUGUGUUGUGACAAGGUAGAGGUGGUAUACAGAAGAUAGCCCUAUUAUGGCAAGAACAGCUCAAAUAAGCAAAGAGAAAUGACAGUCCAUCAUUCCUUUAAGACAUGAAGGUCAGUCAAUACGGAAAAUAUCAAGAACUUUGAAGGUUUCUUCAAGUGCAGUCGCAAAAACCAUCAAGCGCUAUGAUGAAACUGGCUCUCAUGAGGACCGCCACAGGAAAGGAAGACCCAGAGUUACCUCUGCUGCAGAGGAUAAGUUCAUUAGAGUUAACUGCACCUCAGAUUGCAGCACAAAUAAAGGCUUCACAGAGUUCAAGCAACAGACACAUCUCAACAUCAACUGUUCAGAGGAGACUGCGUGAUCAGGCCUUCAUGGUCGAAUUGCUGCAAAGAAACCACUACUAAAGGACACCAAUAAGAAGAAGAGACUUGCUUGGGCCAAGAAACACGAGCAAUGGACAUUAGACCGGUGGAAAUCUGUCCUUUGGUAUGAUGAGUCCAAAUGUGAGAUUUUUGGUUCCAACCGCUGUGUCUUUGUGAGACGCAGAGUAGGUCAACGGAUGAUCUCCCCAUGUGUGGUUCCCACCGUGAAGCAUGGAGGAGGAGGUGUGAUGGUGUGGGGGUGCUUUGCUGGUGACACUGUCUGUGAUUUAUUUAGAAUUCAAGGCACACUUAACCAGCAUGGCUACCACAGCAUUCAGCAGCGAUACGCCAUCCCAUCUGGUUUAGGGUAGUGGGACUAUCAUUUGUUUUUCAACAGGACAAUGACCCAAAACACACCUCCAGGCUGUGUAAGGGCUAUUUGACCAAGAAGGAGAGUGAUGAUGCUACAUCAGAUGACCUGGCCUCCACAAUCACCCAACCUCAACCCAAUUGAGAUGGUUUGGGAUGAGUUGGACCGCAGAGUGAAGGAAAAGCAGCCAACAAGUGCUCAGCAUAUGUGGGAACUUCUUCAAGACUGUUGGAAAAGCAUUCCUCAUAAAGCUGGUUGAGAGAAUGCCAAGAGUGUGCAAAGCUGUCAUCAAGGCAAAGGGUGGCUACUUUGAAGAAUAUAAAAUAUAUUUUGAUUUGUUUAACACUUUUUUGGUUACUACAUGAUUCCAUAUGUGUUAUUUCAUAGUUUUGAUGUCUUCACUAUUAUUCUACAAUGUAGAAAAUAGUAAAAAUGAGUAGUAAAAAUUAGUAGGUGUGUCCAAACUUUUGACUGGUAGUUUAUAUUUAUUUGAAACGAGUCGUGCCUCUGGGGAGAACUUGUUAAAUCUCUCACUGCGCGUAGCUCUGUGAUUGCCUUCACUGUUGUGAAGGGCUCAUUAGGACAUUAGUACUACUAGACUUGACUUACAGCAGCCUGUCAAAUGCUGACUCAUUGCACAGUGAAGUGAAGGGGGGUUGUACGACAGGGGGCUAAAGUAUUAAUAGAGCCUGGGCAGAGGAGCAGGCUAGCAGGUUGUAAGGUGAGCUGACCCCCCUUCCCACCUCCACCCCCACAUCCACGUUGCUCAGCACCAGAUUCUAACUACUUCAAUCUCUCAUCAUAAAAGGGAUAACCUGUGAUCUAUUAUAUCUUAUUACCUCUGUAAGAAGACCUAUAUACACAAGGCCCCCUCACUGAUUUCAACUUUUCUGUGCCCAAAAUAUAAUUUGCUCCAGUAUGAUUCAUAUACUGUAGGUUCAUUGAUGUGUUUAUAAAAAGUUUAAAUAGCAUGAAGAGGUAGUGCGUUUUCAGCAUCUCUUGUAAUAUUUUGGAUCAGCCAAUCAAUUUGUCUCACCCAAGUCAUCAUAUGAGUUAUAGUACCUCAUGGAUUAUAAUAGUUGUUGUUCUUUGUGUUGUCCCAGAGGAGCCCUCCCACAACAGUGCUGGACCUGUUCUCUGACCUUAGAGAUGGGGCGUGCCUCCUUGACCUGCUCGAGGUGAUGAGCGGCCAGCGCAUGGUGAGUGAUCCCCCAUGAGAGGGUUAAGUUUAGGGUUAGGAUAGGGGUCAGGCUUAGGGUUAGGGUUAGUGGUAGGGAUGUAAUGAUUCACCGAUACACAUCAGUCCCCGGUUCAAAUGUUUAAGAUAUGAGUGCAUCGCUCUGCGGGACCCCAAACCAAUCCAAAUGUAGAAUGCAUCGAUCAGAAAAUCGAUUCGAACAUUACAAAUUGCCAGUUCAUUAACAUUAUUUGCAAAAAUGACUUUCUUUCUACCUUCCGGAAAUACCUCUCUUCUUUUGUGACAACUGUGUCCUCACCUUCAGUGUCGAACUAAGCAUGUAAUUAUGUUGACAGUUAUUUUGCAUAUCGAGCAACCCCAGGCAAUAUCAGCAGCCUAGUAAAAGUGUGUGCACUGAGCAAUGAGAGGUAGGCCUAUUCCUGAUCUGGCACAUCUGCACAUCACCUUCAGCAUUCAAAUGUUUAUAAAAUGGCUUGCGCAAUAUUAGGCUUUAUUAGUUCAGUGACAACCAAUGUAAUUUGUUAGGUUAUUUUGAUCAAAUGUGCUGUUGAAAUUAGUUAGUGCAUGGAAUCGUAUUGUAUUGCAUCGAACCGAAUCACAUCGAUUCGUUCCUCUAAUCAAAACGAAUCUCAUCAAAUCAUUUCAAGCUAAAAUGUAUCAUUCCUGUACCAUAUCGGAGCCCAUGUAACUAGAUGCAUAUCGAAUCGUCUUGAAAGGGAAUUAAGCACAUCGCUAGUUAGUGAAUAGUUAGUUGAAAUGACAGUUGUUGAUCAUCUAUUGAACAUCUACAAACCAUCAACAGAAUUUGGGACUAUCCAAAUACAGUGAUACCAGAUUUGUAUUAUUUUAUUUAUACAUUUUAUAAAUGUAACCUAUAUUUAACCAAGAAAUACCUUGAGAUAAGGGAUCCCUUUUUUCGAGGGAGACCUGGCAGCUUACAGUAUAAGUCAUUGUACAUGGUAAAAUGGACAAGAAGGUACCCCUUACGCCACAAGGGAUAUUCAGUAACAGUCCUGAAGGGCCGUAGCACUAUUGACUUUCACUGGCCCUGUAUGGCUCAGUUGGUAGAGCAUAGCGAUCGUGGGUUUGAUUCCCGCUGGGGCCACCCAUAGGGAAAUGUAUGCACUUAUGACCAAGUUGCUUUGGAUGAAAGUGUCUGCUAAAUGAAAUAUAUUAUAUUAUUGACUGAGUUCCAGGCUGGCUACAUUGCAGUCGCCUGCCAGAUCUCACCCUUACAAAAAAAGUUGUAACUGCAGUCGACUGGGGUAUUUUGGACGAAGUAAUUGCAGAAUAACUGCAGUGUACUGCAGUUGAACUGCAGUUAUACUGCACUCUAACUGCAGUUACACUUGCUUUAUCUUGGCCAGGUCGCAGUUGUAAAUGAGAACUUGUUCUCAACUGGCUUACCUGGUUAAAUAAAGGUGAAAUAAAAAUUAAAAAAACACUGCAAAAUUACUGCAGUAAAAAAAACGGUGUUAUUUUGGAUGCAGUAUUUGAAGCAUACUGCAGUUAUACUGCACUCUGACUGCAAUCUUUUUUCGUAAGGGUACCCUGCUGGGAUAGGUGUUUAAGAUAUCAGCUAACUCCAUCAUAUAAUAUAGCAAUUGGUGCCCAACUGUGUAGUCGAUUACGUGGCAUGCAAUAAUUUGUUGAUCCACGUUGCACUACUGCAAUGUAGUCGGCCUGGAAUGCAACCGAUCUUUCCCUCUAAUUCGGGACUGAUUCACUCAGGGUCGGGGCUACAGGUUGAUUUGGGAUUCAGGGAACGUGUUGAUAAUUUUUUUCUCCCACAGCAACGGGAGAGGGGCCACGGGUUUUUUCAGCACAGGGGUAACAUUCAGACGGCCUUGAACUUCCUCAAGAAGAAAUCGGUAAGAGCGCAUGUGUGAGUGUGGAAGAAUCUGAUAAGGCAGACAAAUUAAAACAAAAAUAAUGCUACAUUUUAUAAAUACAAUAAUAGAUUUGAUAUUUUCUAAGUAUUGUGAUCGAAAAAACUGUAACUGUAAGUUGCUCUGAAUAAGAGCAUCUGCUAAAUGACUAAAAUGUAAAUGUAAAAUGGUGUGUCAGGGGUUGGCUUGUUCUAAUAGCAUGCCUCUGUUAACCCAAAUCCAGGUUAAACUGGUGAACAUCAACAUCCCGGACAUCAUUGACGGACGCCCCUCCAUCAUCCUGGGCCUCAUAUGGACCAUCAUCCUCCACUGUCACGUGGGUGUCUGCACAGUUUAGCCCAUGACGUACCCUUUUCACACUAUCAGGCUAACGCUUUGAACACACCGACUGUGUCAUUGCGUUUUGGUACACCAGAAGUACAUUCAUUUCCAAUGGAAUGCUGCGUUUGCCUUGCAGCAUUGUGUUGCAGAGGCAGUUGCAGUGCGUUCUGUGUGGUGCAUACGUUGGAUUUAUCGAAGGUAUGCGUCAAACUGUAUGCGUAAUCGGGUUGACAGAAAUGGCAGCAGAAGGUGAAUGUUGUUGCACACAUAACUAGAUGAUGCUGCAUACUAUUUUGCGCAAUGACACAGUCGGUGUGUUCAAAGCAUAAGGCUACACAGAGAUGUAUGAAAACGCAUGCAUUCAUCAUUUUCCUUUUCUGUCUGUCAAAAGUUCAACUCGUAAAAAUGUUUUGGACUAGUUGCAUACACACAAAAGCGGACAUAUUGUGUGUUUGUUGACAGACAAUCUCUGUUGUCCAUUAUCCGUCAACGGAUGAUCCCCUUUGAAAAACGAUUGGCUCAAUUAGUAAUUUUUUGGACAAGAAAAUCUCUGUGUUGCCGAACCCUCAUGCCGAACCAAACUGUUCUGUGCUGGCUUGGAUAUUUGAUUUUCACAUUGUCCUUUCCAGCACUUUUCCAGCAACUAUGGUGGAUGCGUAACCAGGCCAGCGCACUACAGGUCAGCUUGGUUUGGCUCGGCUCAGUAUUGUGAAAAGGCUCUUGGUGACGAAUUCUGUCACAUUCCGCAUUUUUUACGGUGCAAACAAGCAAUAAUAUGUUUUGCACUGUGCAUUCAAUAGUUAGUUUAAAUGUGGAUGCAAUGAUAAUAUCAAUCUUAUUGCUCUACAUAAUAUGACACCAGACUACAUUGGCAUGGCUAUUCAUGCUAUAUUGUCUAACAUUUCAAUAUACUGGUAUUGCUGCUUGAUAGACAUCGUUUAUAGAUGACUUAUGAAAUGUCCAGAGACCAUUGAUUGGUCAGCACAAAAGCUUGAUUCUUAUUAAAAAAGUGAACAUUUAGUUUAGUAUUUGUAUCAAUAUUUCAACCAAUAUAAGGAGUGUAACAGUGUGAAACAUCCUGUAACAAUGUGAGUUCCCGUAAAACCCUUCUUUUCUGACUUUGAUGGUUUUGAUAUCAGGGAUAUAAUGGCUAGAUAAUACCGUAUUACAUUACAGAACAUAUCCUGUGUCCUUGAGGUAUUCUGUCUCUUUAACCACACCUAUAGCUUCAAUGGCCUCAAAGUACAAGAGACUCUCCAUUCAUGUAGUGUAGACGAGCCCUGGGAAAUAGACUUUGCAUUUAGUUUCUGCUCAGGAACAAUGCUGAAUACAAUAACUUACAGGAGUGUUCUCAGUCAGUUUGGUUCUAUAUAGAAGGACAGAGGAGGGAGGACUUUUUGUUUAGAUACUACAGGGAGGUAGUGUGGGGUGGUUAUAUGUCAAUGUGAAAUUGAAAUGCGACAGUACAUUCAAGGGGGUCUGAUUAGUAGGGCCAGAUGGAAGACCCUGGUUUAUAAAGUGUAUUUAUAAAGCCCUUUUUACAUCAGGCACAAGUGUUUUCGCAUUAACCUGACCUAGAUCCCAAAGAGCAAGGAGAAGCAGAAGCAUAGUGGCCUGGAAAAAAAACCUAGAAGAAAGAAACACUGUUAGAGAAUAGCUAUGAAAAAAUACAAUGUAAACUACUUCAUUUUGAGGAAAAGGACUCUCUUCCAAUGCAAAUCAGUGUUCCCCAAUAUUCAAUCGCUAUCUGCUUUGUGUCCCAGAUUGAGGAGCUGGCCAGCACACUGUCCUUCGGCUCACGUCACUCUUCCUUGGACUCCCUGGCCAGUCUGGACUCUUGCUCCAGUAGCCCUGCCCUGGGAAGCCCAACCCCGGGUAGUCCCGCCCCUCGAGGGCGCGCAUCACCCCUCCACGCCCGCUUCCGCGUCUCGGCCAAGAAGGCCCUGCUGAUGUGGGUCCGAGACCAGUGCCAAAGGUGGAUUCCGCCUACAUGUAUUUCUAUAACACACACAGACAUAAACAGACACACAUGAACACACACCACCAUGCAUGAUUUCUUAAAAUGUUGUUAAAAUUGUCUUCCUUCUCUUUCUCUCUCUCUCUCUCUCUCUCUCUCUCCUCUCUCUCUCUCUCUCUCUCUCUCUCUCUCCUCUCUCUCUCUCUCCUCUCUCUCCUCUCUCGUCUCUCUCUCUCCUUCUCUCCUCUCUCUCUCUCUCUCUCUCUCUCUCUCUCUCUCUCUCUCUCUCUCUCUUAUCCCUCUCUCUUCUCUCUCUCCUCUCUCUUCUCUCCCUCCCUCAGUCUCUCUAGCUCCUGCAUCGGUGGCUCUCCUCUCUCUGCUCUCUGAGCUGACCUCCUCCUACUCGGCCCAGUCCUGCACCAGAUGGAUUGACGGCUCCCUGGUACGAGUGCACUCCCGUCUAGUGGCCAGUGGCGCAGUGUUGGCAUAUCAGCUGGCCAUCCUGUGUUUUCUAACCAGACUGUGACUACUCGCCCUGCAGAGCAACUCAAAUCAGCCCCCCAUUUCUUCCUCGAGCUCACAUCCCCCGUCCUGCAUCCCCAGAGUGACGACCCCCCCCCAAAAAACAAAUAAAGCUUGGAUAGUGGCCAUCAGUGGCCAUGAACGGACAAGAAAUCACAUACUGAACAACAAAAACUAUGGAAGUCUGAGGACGGGCCUUAUACGACAUUACUGAAACAGGAAGUCAUCUGACCCGUGGCACAGUUCUCUAUUCCAAUGACCUCCCAAACUUUCCAUCUGUCCUGUCAAUACAAAAGGAGAUCGAAACCCCCCCCCCCCCCCCCCCCCCCCCCCCCCCCCCCCCCCCCCAAAAAAAAAUAAAGUUGAGGAGUUAGUCGGUCUUCAUAAGGUGAUGCCAUGAUGUUGACAAAGAAACAAGACAAUAUACUGUACAUUACAUGAUAUACAUUACAUAAAAAUUACUAUGGGAGUUUCAUUGAAUGUGGCUUUGUCUCUUUUAAUUUUAGACAUUGACGUGAAAGACCCAGACGAAAAGUCCAUCAUGACCUACGUGGCACAGUUCCUGCAAUAUUCCAAUGACCUCCCCACACCACCCGACGAUGAUGACCUGCAGGUCAGCGGUCACGUUCCCAUUUCCCCACCUUGUGCAAACCACUUACAGUAUACUGUAGGCUAGGGGUAUGCAAAUCCGAGCCUGAAGGUCCGGAGUAGUGCUGGUUUUUCUGUUCUGCCUGAUAAUUAAUUGCACCCACCUGGUGUCCCAGGUCGAAAUCAGUCCUUGAUUAGAGGGAAAUAAUGAAAGUCAGCCAGUGGAACUGGCUUCGAGGUCCAGAUUUGAAUGUGCCUGCUGUAAGCAAUAUGCUAUUAUAUGCUUCAGUCAUAGUGCAUUGUGCUUUUCAACUAUCUUAUGUUUAGUUGUUAAAUUAGCAUAGCUGAAGGAGAGGAUGUUAGACUACUGAGAUGUACCCAUUCUCCUGCUUUGCAGUCAAUCUCUCUUCCUUUUGUUCAUAAUUGUCUGUCCGUCUGUUUGUCCAUCUGUCCUUCCAUCCGUCUGUCCUUCCAGCCGUCCGUCUGUCCCAAUGACUGUAUACGGUAUAUAAAUGGACAAAGCCAUCGAUCACAUGACACCAUUCAUUCCCAUGUGAAGACUCAAUAGCGCGUUGAAGCCAAAUGAAGUCGGUUAAGAUGGCAUCUCAUAGAGACAUAGGCCUUUUAUCAAUUAGAUUUGCUCACCUUCUGCUUCCUCUCUUCUCCGUCCUCUAUCGCCUCCUUUUGAAAAAGGUCAAAGUUAAUCGAGGACAGUCGGCGAGGAGAGUGAACGUGGAUGGAAUAGCGCUUGCUUGAAAUGAGACUGUCCUUCUCCACUCCACAUUAGGCAAAUCACAUUUACAGGGGUGGAUCCCAAAAUGACAAAUGAAGUUAGUUGUGCAAGGCAUUUUAUAGAUAAAACAAUAAGUAGCAUAUUGUUUUUAAACGUGUGCAUGUUUUUAUCCCCUUUCACAACUCUUCCGCGCCAGGAUAAACAUGAGUAUCCUCGAUGAAAGGUGGCUAUUGAGAAGGGGAGGACACUCUUCCAUUUGCCUACUAAUGAACAGACACACUCCUUGACCACUUAUCGGUUUCCGGGUCACGGAGGAGAGCGGACGGAGGAGAGAUGACAGAGGAAACCCCAUAGCAUUCGCAGUUUGAGCUACUCAAGGAAGUGACGUUGCAGGCUAGCUCAGUGCUGCCCCCUCUCAUUGAGUAACUCAAGUUGAAGGCCGACCGGGGUACUGCAGGCUGCCAUUAGCAACUACAUCAUCUUUAUAACUUUUUUUGUGUGCGAUAAAAAAAAAAAAUUGGUUCAAGGACAUACAUCUGGAGGCAAUUAUUGGUGCCAUUAUUGUCUUAAAAAUUUUUUUUUCUACAUGAUGAUUGACGACGAAGAUUGCCAUUUUUCCAGUCACUAUAAUGGGGGAUCCUGUUUUCUAAAAACAAUGCCUGCGGUACCACGGUCGGCCUUGAACUUCCGUGGCUUCAAUGAGAGGGGGCAGUCGUUCUCCCCUGGUCCGUCCCUUCCGUCUGUCCAUCCCUUCUGCCCAUCCAUCUAUCCAACCCUCCUUCCUUCCUUCGAUCCAUCCAUCCAUCCAGAUUCCUGCACUGUAAUGUUUAUCUCUCUUCUUCCUCCUCCUUUUCCUUUUCCUCCUCUUCUUCUCUCCUCUUGCUGGUGGGGUGGUGCAGCUGUUCACCCAGGCUCUGCCCCCCUGCCUCUCUCCUAUCAAUCUGCCCUCUCACUUCACCCCCGCCAUCGCUGUCUCUCCCCUGCACCAGGUACACUGUGCAUGCACAAAUUUCACAAUAAAAAAUACUACCUAAACAUUGCUAUAGCAGGUUUGAUUGAAUUCCAACAUAAGGGGUGAAUCCUAACUUCUACUUUUCACAUUGCAUUGAUGUCAGUGGGAGACCAAGUAAAAAUGAGUGAAAGAGUGAAGUGUGCGUGAAUGAGUGAUGUUGUAUUGAUAAUGCCUUCUUUUGUAACUUGUUAUGAUCCCAGGCCUCACCCAAUCAAAGAGCCCGGGAGGUGACCUGCUGGCUACAACGGGCCUAUCAGGAGCUGCUGGAGGUGUGGGCCUCCACUGAGAAAAAAGCCUAUGCAGAGCGGUAUCAGGUUAGACCUUUUUCACACUAUCAUGCCGUCCCUGACUUUAAGGGAUAGUUCACUCAAUUAGUAUUUUUUGGAUUAAUUCACUGUUAUUGCAGUCCCAACUUUUUUUUCCAUUUCAGCAGUCAAGUUUUCAAGAUGGACCACUUUCACUACAAAAUGCAUCAUCACAGUUUAUGCUCUGUUCUGAAAGUGCUCCAUCUUGAAAACUUGACUGAAAUGUCAGAAAUGUCAGGCCAAAUCAGCUCAUUUUUAUCGACCUGAGCUGUGCUGAAACUGCUGAAAUGGACAACAUGAAAGCCAGCACAGUACGGUUCAGGUCUGUAUGACCAUUGUGUGACCAACCAAAUGUUUAAUCCGGGUCAUUCACGUGACUGCAUUAGCCCACUGAGCUAAAGCCUAUAUGUUACACUCUGUCAUAUACAUAAUAUGUUUUCCUAUGUGACGUCUAUAUGGGCUCCAGGCAUUCCAGGCAUUUGCGGUCUCCUUCAGUGAGCAGCGGCGGCCAGUGAUGCCCCUGUUGGGAGCCAUGCGACGCUGCCCGGAGCCCAGCGAGGAGCAACGUGCCCUAAGAGCAGCCUGGGACCGCCUGGAAGAGAAGGUGAGAGAAACUCAUAUAGAGAUAACCAGGGUUCGGGUCAAUUUUAAUUUAAGUCAGUCAAUUCAGGAAGUAAACUGAAAUUCCAAGUCAAUAAUUAAAAAAGGGCAUCUAUUUUCAAUGAUUUCUCAAUAAAUCGAAAAGGAGAAGCUAUUUUUUUGUAAAGGUUUAUUUAAUGUUAUUUUUUUGUGAUCUAAUUACAUCUAUUGCCUCACUGCAGUCACCAGUGGGAGUUUGUAGAAGCUGCCCCUGUUAUACUAUCACAUAUUCCAUUUUAAUUUUGGGUAAUUACAUAAUUCAUUGACAUGGAUCAGGUAUCACAUGAUUGUUACAGAAUCAUGGCCCUGUGUAUAUAUACAGCAUAUAUACAGUGCAUUCGGAAAGUAUUCAGACCCCUUCACUUUUUCCACAUUUUGUUACGUUACAGCCUUAUUCUAAAAUGGAUAAAAAAAAUAUAUAUAUCCUCAUCAAUCUACACACAAUACCCCAUAAUGACGAAGCAAAAACAGGUUUUUAGAAAAUUUUGCAAAUGUAUUAAGACCUGGUAUAUCACAUUUACAAAAGUAUUCAGACCCUUUACUCAGUACUUUGUUGCACCUUUGGCAUCGAUUACAGCCUCGAGUCUUCUUGGGUAUGACGCAACAAGCGUGGCACAACUGUAUUUAGGGAGUGUCUCCCAUUCUUCUCUGCUGAUCCUCUCAAGCUCUGUCAGGUUGGAUGGGGAGCGUUGCUGCACAGCUAUUUUCAGGUCUCUCCAGAUAUGUUUGAUCGGGUUCAAGUCCGGACUCUGGCUGGGCCACUCAAGGACAUUCAGAGACUUGUCUCGAAGCCACUCCUGCAUUGUCUUGGCUGUGUGCUUAUGGUUGUUGUCCUGUUGGAAGGUGAACCUUUGCCCCAGUCUGAGGUCCUGGAGCAGGUUUUCAUCAAGGAUCUCGCUAUACUUUGCUCCGUUCAUCUUUCCUUCGAUCCUGACUAGUCUCCCAGUCCCUGCCGCUGAAAACUUCCCCACAGCAUGAUGCUGCCACCACCAUGCUUCACCGUAGGGAUGGUGCCAGAUUUCCUCCAGACGUGACACUUGUCAUUCAGGCCAAAGAGUUCAAUCUUGGUUUCAUCAGACCAGAGAAGCUUGUUUCUCAUGGUCUGAGAGUCCUUUAGGUGCCUUUUGGCAAACUCCAAGUGGGCUGUCAUGUGCCUUUUACUGAGGAGUGGCUUCCGUCUGGCCACUCUACCAUAAAGGCCUGAUUGAUGGAGUGCUGCAGAGAUGGUGUCCUUCUGGAAGGUUAUCCCAUCUCCACAGAGGAACUUUGGAGUUCUGUCAGAGUGACCAUCGGGUUCUUGGUCACCUCCCUGACCAAGGCCCUUCUCCCCUGAUUGCUCAGUUUGGCCGGGUGUCCAGCUCUAAGAAGAGUCUUGGUGGUUCCAAACUUCUUCCAUUUAAGAAUGAUGGAGGCCACUGUGUUCUUGGGGACCUUCAAUGCUGCAGACAUUUUUUGGUACCAUUCCCCAGAUCUGUGCCUCGACACAAUCCUGUCUCAGAGCUCUACGGACAAUUCCUUCAACCUCAUGGCUUGGUUUUUGCUCUGAUAUGCACUGUCAACUGUGGGACCUUAUAUAGACAGGUGUGUGCCUUUCCAAAUCAUGUCCAAUCAAUUGAAUUUACCACAGGUGGACUCCAAUCAAGUUGUAGAUACAUCUCAAGGAUGAUAAAUGGAAACAGGAUGUACUUGAGCUGAAUUUCGAUUAUCAUAGCAAAGGUUAUGAAUACUUAUGUAAAUAAAGUAUUUAUGUUUUUUGUUCUUAAUACAUUUGCUAAAAUUUUGAAAACCUGUUUUCGCUUUGUCAUGAAGGGGUAUUGUGUGUAGAUUGAUGAGAAAAGGAAUUUUGAUUUUUUCCACAUUUUGUUGUGUUACAGCCUGAAAUUUAAAAGGAUUAAAUUGAGAUGUUGUGUCACUGGCCUAUACACAAUACACCAUAAUGUCAAAGUGGAAUUAUGUUUUUAGUUUCUUUUUACAAAUUAAAUUUCAAAAGUCAAUAAGUAUUCAACCUCUUUGUUAUGGUAAGCCUAAAUAAGUUCAGGAGUAAAACUAUGCUCAACAAGUCACAUAAUAAGUUGCAUGGACUCACUCUGUAUGCAAUAAUAGUGUUUAACAUGAUUUUUGAAUGACUACCUCAUCUCUGUACCCAACACAUACCAUUAUCUGUAAUGUCCCUCAGUCGAGCAGUGAAUUUCAAACACAGAUUCAACCACAAAGACCAGGGAGGUUUUCCAAUGCCUCGCAAAGAAGGGCACCUAUUGGUAGAUGGGUAAAAAUAAAAAAAAGUAGACAUUGAAUAUCCCUUUGAGCAUGGUGAAGUUAUUAAUUACACUUUGGAUGGUGUAUCAAAUCAAUACACCCAGUCACUACAAAGAUACAGGCGUCCUUCCUAACUCAGUAGCCAGAGAGGAAGCAAACCGCUCAGGGAUUUCACCAUGAGGUCAAUGGUUACUUUAAAACAGUUACAGAGUUUAAUGGCUGUGAUAGGAGAAAACUGAGGAUGGAUCAACAAUAUUCUAGUUACUUCACAAUACUAACCUAAAUGAGAGUGAAAAGAAGUAAGCCUGUACAGGCUAAAAAUAUUCCAAAACAUGCACCUUGUUUGCUAUAAGGCACUAAAGUAAUACUGAAAAUAAUUUAACUUCAUGUCCUGAAUACAAAGCGUUAUGUUUGGGGCAAAUCCAACACAACACAUUACUGAGUAUCACUCUUCAUAUCUUCAAGCAUGGCGAUGGCUGCAUCAUGUCAUGGGUCUGCUUGUCAUCGGCAAGGACUAGGGAGUUUCUUUUUUAGGAUAAAACGGAAUAGAGCCUAAGCACAGGCAGAAUCCUAGAGGAAACCUGGUUCAGUCUGCUUUCCAACAGAUACUGGGAGACAAAUUCACCUUUCAGCAGGACAAUAACCUAUAUAUGUACAUAUAUACAGUUGAAGUCGGAAGUUUACAUACACCUUAUCCAAAUACAUUUAAAAUAUUUUUUUCACUAUUCCUGACAUUUAACCCUAGUAAAAAUUCCCUGUCUUAGGUCAGUUAGGAUCAUCACUUUAUUUUAAGAAUGUGAAAUGUCAGAAUAAUAGUAGAGAGAAUGAUUUAUUUCAUCACAUUCCCAGUGGGUCAGAAGUCUACAUACACUCAAUUAGUAUUUGGUAGCAUUGCCUUUAAAUUGUUUAACUUGGGUCAAAUGUUUUGGGUAGCCUUCCACAAGCUUUCCACAAUAAGUUGAGUGAAUUUUAGCCCAUUCCUCCUGACAGAGCUGGUGUAACUGAGUCAGGUUUGUAGGCCUCCUUGAUCGCACAUGCUUUUUCAGGGCUUUGUGAUGGCCACUCCAAUACCUUGACUUUGUUUUCCUUAACAUAUACAUUUUAGUCAUUUAGCAGACGCUCUUAUCCAGAGCGACUUACAGUUAGUGCAUACAUAAUUAUUAUUUAUUUUUUAUUUUUUUCAUACCCCCUGUGGGAAUCGAACCCACAACCCUGGUGUUGCAAACGCCAUGCUCUAUCAACUGAGCUACAUCCCUGCCGGCCAUUCCCUCCCCUAUCCUGGACGACGCUGGGCCAAUUGCGCGCCGCCCCAUGGGUCUCUAGUGGCACAGCUAGCACUGCAAUGCAGUGCCUUAGACCACUGCGCCACUCGGGAGUGGCCAUUUUGACACAACUUUGGAAGUAUGCUUGGGAUCAUUGUCCAUUUGGAAGACCCAUUUGCGACCAAGCUUUAACUUCCUGACUGAUGUCUUGAGAUGUUGCUUCAAUAUAUCCACAUCAUUUUCCUUCCUCAUGACGCGAUCUAUUUUGUGAAGUGCACCAGUCCCUCCUGCAGCAAAGCACCCCCAUAGCAUGAUGCUGCCACCCCUGUGCUUCACGGUUGGGAUGGUGUUCUUCGGCUUGCAAGUCACAGACUUUUUCCUCCAAACAUAACGAUGUUCAUUAUGGCCAAACAGUUCUAUUUUUGUUUCAUCAGACCAGAGGACAUUUCUCCAAAAAGUACGAUCUUUGUCCCCAUGUGCAGUUGCAAACCGUAGUCUGGCUUUUUUUAUGGUGGUUUUGGAGCAGUGGCUUCUUCCUUGCUGAGCUGCCUUUCAGGUUAUGUCGAUAUAGGACUCAUUUUACUGUGGAUAUAGAUACUUUUGUACCUGUUUCCUCCAGCAUCUUCACAAGGUCCUUUGCUGUUGUUCUGGGAUUGAUUUGCCCUUUUCGCACCAAAGUACGUUCAUCACUAGGAGACAGAACGCGUCUCCUUCCUGAGCGGUAUGACGGCUGCGUGGUCCCAUGGUGUUUAUACUUGCGUACUAUUGUUUGUACAGAUGAACGUGGUACCUUCAGGCGUUUGAAAAUUGUUCCCAAGGAUGAACCAGACUUGUGGAGGUCUACCAUUUUUUUCUGAGGUCUUGGCUGAUUUCUUUUGAUUUUCCCAUGAUGUCAAGCGAAGAGGCACUGAGUUUGAAGGUUGGCCUUGAAAUAUUUCCACAGGUACACCUCCAAUUGACUCAAAUGAUGUCAAUUAGCCUAUCAGAAGCUUCUAAAGCCAUGACAUCAUUUUCUGGAAUCGUCCAAGCUGUUUAAAGGCACAGUCAACUUAGUGUAUGUAAACCUUCGACUCACUGAAAUUGUGAGACAGUGAAUUAUAAGUGAAAUAAUCUGUCUGUAAACAAUUGAUGGAAAUAUGACUUGUGUUAUGCACAAAGUAGAUGUCCUAAUCGACUUGCCAAAACUAUAGUUUGUUAACAAGAAAUUUGUGGAGUGGUUGAAAACAAGUUUUAAGGACUCCAACCUAAGUGUAUGUAAACUUCCGACAUCAACUGUAUAUACAGUAUAUAAUUGCUUACCAAGAUGACAUUGAAUGUUCCUGAGUGGCCUAGUUACAGUUUUGACUUAAAUCAGCUUGGAAAUCUAUGGCAAGACUUGAAAAAAGCUGUCAUGCAAUGAUCCACAACCAAUUUGACAGAGCUUGAAGAAUUUAGCAAAUAAUAAUGUGCAAAUAUUAUACAAUUCAGGUGUGCAAAGCUCUUCGAGACUUACCGUGAAAGACUCACAGCUGUAAUCGCUGCCAAAGGUGAUUCUAACGUCUAAUAAGUCAAGGGGUAUGAAUACUUUCUAAAGGCACUUGACCACCUGCUCUUCUAAUUCCGUGUGUGUGUGUGUGUGUGUGUGUGUGUGUGUGUGUGUGUGUGUGUGUGUGUGUGUGUGUGUGUGUGUGUGUGUGUGUGUGUGUGUGUGUGUGUGUGUGUGUGUGUGUGUGUGUGCAUUUGUGCGCUUCUAUAGCUGCGACAGUGUAAGGCCGAGCUGGAUACGUAUCUUCCUGCUCCGAUGGACUUUGUGGGGGCGUGGCUUCACCGUAUGGAGGCAGUACUAUCUGAAGAGGGAGGAGAUGCUCAGGACCACGCCCGUGCUGCCAAAGAAGCAAGAGUCAAACAGGAAAAACUCAAGGUGUGCCAAUAAACUAUAGAAGUUGAAGAAGAAGGAAUUGACUACUUUGAAAUGGAGAUAGGCUAGCCCUCAAUGGCACUCCCUAUGCUGUCACAGAAGUGAUAAUGGCAAAGAUGGGAUCUCUUUCUAACUCUAUGCUCUAUCUCCAUCUACAUAUCUCUGCCUCUAGCUCUUCAACACUGUCUAAAGACUGUUGUUGCCUGUAAAAGAAACAAACAGUUACUAUAUUUGUUUGAAAUUGACUACAUUGACUACAUUGCAUUUGGGCUGUGCAGCGGAGGAACUGUUGUGCUGUAUCAUGUUGAUGUCAUUUCUGAAACGUUAACACACCGUUCUAGGAGUUGUGAAGAUCAGGGCAGCAUCUAAGAGCAGAAGUGUUGAUCGAGGAUCAGAUCCCCUGUCCAUUCAUUAUAAUCUAAAAGGCAAAACUGAUCCUAGGUCAGCAAUCCUACUCUGAGACGCUUGACACAUACAGCCCCUGCAUGUACAUUUGUAUAAUUUUACGAUCAUGCAUUCUCCCCCAGAAUUCAAUGGUUGAGUUGAGCAGCCACCUCAACAUCCUUCACACGUUCUGCAACCAGGCUGAGACCGGUGCCAUACUCGUGCCUGUGGAGAAGUUAGAGGAAAUCAAGAGACGGUGGGCAUAGCAAAGGGCACAACUUCCCUUGGAACAGAGAUCACUUCCUGUCUGAAACAAGCUGAUUGGCCCAGAUAGAAUAGUUGUAUGAUAGCCAAUCAAAAUACUAAGUCAGUUGGUAUGAUGAAGAAAAUAUCGCUAGUUUUGGGCCCUGUAAAAUAGCAGAUAGACUUCCCUCAAAAUAUUUUUUUAUAGAAUAAGACACCUUUUUAGUGAGAUGACAGUAGUUUGUAAACAAACAUACUGAAUACAGAGUGCAAAAGCAGGUUUGAUUGAAGUUAUUUACAGUGAUUGCCAGUGUGGCCUGGGUGGUCUAGAGUAGGGGUUCCCAGCUGUGGGGGAAGGGGCGUGACCUUCUUUGAUUUGACAGCUUUUUUAUAGAAACAUGCCAGAGGAAGACGCGACUCUGAUGCACAUGGGAAUAUAUUUGGUUUGGCAUUCAGAAGCUGAGCUACAGCCUUCUAAAGUCAAGCAGUCAAAGAAAUUGGACUUAUACAAUGUGUGACUCUGUUGCUAUCAAUUGAUCUAUUCACUUUCUGUAAAAGAUCAUAUGUAUAAUUCAAUUGAGAGUUCAUAUAAAUUAUUAUCAUUAAAUAGCCUACCUAAAAGAUGUCAAGUCUUUAGGGUUAACUACGUAGAAUUGCAGGGGGGCGUGAUAUUUUUGACCCUGGGGAAAAAAGGUUGGGAAUGCCUGGUCCAGAGGUUAGUGCCGCCUCAGCAAACACAUGUACUGAAGGUGUAGGUACUGGGUACGAGUCUGUCCCACUGCCUAUUUAACACACACUCUCCUGCUGUCUUUCCUGUCCCCUCUACUGACUGUCCUAUUAAUUAAAAACAUAAAAUACAAAAUGAGUGGGUAGAAAAAAUAGGCAGUUCACUAAAUGAUGUGGCAUUUCCAUUACAUUUCCCAAACCUGCAACGUAUGUUGUACUAAACUCACAGGUAAUGAACUGUGUCAUUGUGCACCAUUUCAUUCCUGACCCCUGGGUCGUGGGCACACAACAGAAACAUAUAAAACCUUUUGCAACAAAAACCAGGUUGUCCCUUCCUGUUUCUGUCUUUUCCCUUAUGUUUGUUGCCUACUGAACACAACCCUGUCUUUCUUACCACAGUUUCACCAACGCCCGUGUCACGGCUAAGUACCACGGGAUCAAACUGGAAUACCGGGAGCACCGGCACACCGUCCUGGAUCUACUGGCUCGGAUUGGUGCCAAGUUACGCUCCUGGAAAGGGCCCUACAGCUCACAGGAUGCAGUGUGUCUGCUCCUACAGGACUGGCAUGUGAGUUGGCUGGGCCUCUGUCCAAAAAUGUACUCCAUACUCUGCCCCUGGCUGUGCAUCAUGGCACUGCAGUGAGGGGUAAUGGAUUCACUGUUUGUGAUCGAUGUGCAUGUAUCGAUGUGCAUGUUCGAGAUCAGUGAUUCUGAUCUACAAGUCACCUUAUAUCCCAAGUUACUACUCAUUAUGUGAUCAAGAUUAGCAAUUGUCUUACAUCAGAUACCAGUGUGGUCCAACCAGGCGAACACUCUAGAUAAACAUCCUGUUUCAGUUUAAAUUAGACUUAAAAAAUAAAUAAAAACUUUAACCCUGUCAUUGUUUAAAAUUAUAGAAAUAUCAAAGUUAACAAGUUAACAAAUUCAUCAAACUAUCCACAUUGAUACAACGCAAUUACUUUGAUGAAGUAAGUUGAAACAACAAGGAAUCCUAUGUUGACAAGGAAACCCAUUUUUACUCGUAAGGUUCUUUACUCUAUGGUUUUGUAUGAAUGAUAUUAUCUUAACUCAGGACACAGUGGAUCGCCAAGGCCUAGUUUCUCAUCUGAUGGAUGCCCUCCAAAAAUUGAAACAGACAGCCAGCACUUAUACAAGCAAGGCAGCUCUGGGUAAGGCGUGUGUGUGUGUGUGUGUGUGUGCAUGUGUGCAUGCGCGUGUGUAUGCAAAUGUGUUAUUUGUGUACUGUACAUGUGUGUGAGUGACUGUGUGAGAAUAAACGUGUCUGUACGAGAGAAAUAGCCUUAUGAGUUUUCAAUGUGUACAAUGGAAUUCAUCCUGAAUUCAUUGCUACAUUGCGUAACGGUUUGUAAUGAACAGCACGUUUCCCCUAAACGGUGCUCACCAUUCUUCAACAGUCAUCAAAGUGUGUUUUCUCCUGUAUGGUGUGUGUAGCGGGCUGUUACCUGAUCAAUAAGGGUGUGACCAAUCGAAAUCGCAAAACUCAUGCAGCACACUGUACAUAAUCUCCCUUUGGACCACCAUAAUCACAAUAUUCUUCAAAUGGUUGUUCAGAGCAGCAUUGUUGCAAUUGAAUUAAGUGACGCACUCUGUUGUCCUGCUGAGCAAGGCCUACAGUAGGAUUCUAGCCUCCAAUAACACAACCCCAAUAAACCUUGACCCUAAACCUUUUGCAUUCCACUCCCCAGGUGAGGAUGCCCAGCUCAUCAGUAGGCAGGUGAAGGAGGCAGAGAGUGACAUUGCCACGAGCACAGAGGAAGUGGCGGCAGUGAAAGGCACCAUGGGACGUGUGUUGAGUACCUGGGAGGCCUACAGCAAGAACCUUCCCCCCCUACAGACGUGGCUGGCUCAGGAGUCACAGUCACUUAUACAGUCCUCUGGGACAGAGGUAUAGGUCCCACUCUAGUUCGCCCCCAAACCCUGCAGCAGGGGAUGGAAACUUGGGUCCCUGUAGAGCUGCAGUGUGUGAAAGCUUUUGUUUUAGCCCAGCUCUAACACACCAGAGUCGUGUUCAGUAGGGAUCACCAGGAAAACAAAUGUUUCUUAUUGGGCAAGUUCUAGGGCAGACCGGGAACAAAGUAACAGUUUUAGGCUUUUGCUUAGUAUGAAAAAAAUAUUUGAGGUAGAUUCAUAAUAUUUUAUACAAACAACAUACAUAUUUUCAAUUUACAAUCUGUAGAAACAAUGAGAAUAGAAAGGUUCAGAACUUUUGUAAAACAUCACAGUACAGUUGAAAAAUAUAUGGCAAAUAGAAAUCCAAUAUGGAUGGUGUUAAGAGAUAGAUGGGUGGUGUUGAAUGGAGUUGUAGGAUGGGACUAAUAACAACUAACAACAACUAAUAACAACAAGAUAACUAAUAAGGUGCGGACUCCCGCCGCACAAACCUGACUGAAUAGGGGAGGGUCCGGGUGGGCUUCCAGCCUCGGUGGCAGCUCCGGCUCCGGAGUGGAGCCGCUGACCGGAGCUUGCUUGGGCACCGGUGGGGCUGACAGCUCUGGCUCCGGAGUGGAGCUGCUGACCGGAGCUGGACUGGGCACCGGUGGAGCAGACUGCUCUGGCUCCGGAGUGGAGCAACCGACCGGAGCUGGAUCAGGCACCGGUGGAGCGGACUGCUCUGGCUCCAGAGUGGAGCCGCUGACCGGAGCUGGAUCAGGCACCGGUGAAGCGGACUCCUCUGGCUCCGGAGUGGAGCCGCUGACCGGUGCCGGACCAGGCGCCGGUGGAACGGGCCGUGCCGGACUGGCGACGCGCACCACUGGCUUAGUGCGAGGAGCAGGAACAGGCCGGGCCGGACUGGCGAUGUGCACCACUGGAGGAGCAGGAACAGGUUGGGCCGGACUGGCGACGCGCACCACUGGCUUGGUGCGAGGAGCAGGAACAGGCCGGGCCGGACUGGGAACACGCACCACUGGCUUGGUGCGAGGAGCAGGAACAAGCCGAGCCAGACUGGGAACACGCACCACUGACUUGGUGCGAGGAGCAGGAACAGUCCGGACCGGACUGGGAACACGCACCACUGGCUUGGUGCGGGGAGCAGAUACGGGGCGUACCAGACUGGGAACCGGCGCUGGAGGUCUAUGACUGUCUCCGUCCUUUACACUCCGCGCCCCGUCCUCCUCCAGUGAGGACUCCUCCUUGAGACCCCAUAAGUGCAGUGGUCGGGGCUCCUCUCUAUCGCUCCCUGACCACCCUUUUAGCCCCCCCAAAAUUUUUUAUUGGGGCUGUCUCUCCUUCUCCACCCUGAUCCCUUUCAGGGCCUCCAUCUGCCUUGCCAGAUCCUCUCUUAUCUCCCGCCAAGUCCAUACUCUCUGCUCCUCCUCGGCACGCUGCUUGGUCCAUUGGUGGUGGGAUCUUCUAUCACGUACGUUAAGAGAAGGGUCGGACCAAGGUGCAGCGUGAAAGAUGUACAUGUUUAUUUAACUAAUAAACACACGACACAGUAACCAAAAUAACAAACUUAACCGUGACGGUCCAAAGGGCUAACACACAAGCCUAAACAGGAACACAACAAGAUCCCACAACACAGGCAGGAAAACUGGCUUCCUAAGUAUGAUCCCAAAUCAGAGACAACGAGCGACAGCUGCCUCUGAUUGGGAACCACACCCGGCCAAACAUAGAAAUACAAACCUAGAAUAUUCACACCCUGACCAAACUAGCUAGAGUUCUAUAGGCCAGGGCGUGACACUUUCAUCACAUUCCCAGUGGGUCAGAAGUUUACAUACACUCAAAUAGUAUUUGGUAGCAUUGCCUUUAAAUUGUUUAACUUCGGUCUAACGUUUCGGGUAGCCUUCCACAAGCUUCCCACAAUCAUUUUGGCCCAUUCCUCCUGACAGAGCUGGUGUAACUGAGUCAGGUUUGUAGGCCUCCUUGCACGCACACACUUUUUCAGUUCUGCCCACACAUUUUCUAUAGGAUUGAGGUCAGGGGUUUGUGAUGGCCACUCCAAUACCUUGACUUUGUUGUCCUUAAACCAUUUUGCCACAACUUUGGAAGUAUGCUUGGGGUCAUUGUCCAUUUGGAAGACCCAUUUGCGACCAAGCUUUAACUUCCUGACUGAUGUCUUGUGAUGUUGCUUCAAUAUAUCCACAUAAUUUUCCUUCCUCAUGAUGCCAUCUAUUUUGUGAAGUGCACCAGUUCCUCCUGCAACAAAGCUCCCCCACAGCAUGAUGCUGCCACACCCGUGCUUCAUGGUUGGGAUGGUGUUCUUCGGCUUGCAAGCAAUCCCCUUUUUUUCCUCCAAACAUAACGAUGGCCAAACAGUUCUAUUUUUGUUUAAUCAGACCAGAGGACAUUUCUCCAAAAGGUACGAUCUUUGUCCCCAUGUGCAGUUGCAAACCGUAGUCUGGCUUUUUUAUGGCGGUUUUGGAGCAGUGGCUUCUUCCUUGCUGAGCGGCCUUUCAGGUUACGUCGAUAUAGGACUCGUUUUACUGUGGAUAUCGAUACUUUUGUACCUGUUUCCUCCAGCAUCUUCACAAGGUCCUUUGCUGUUGUUCUGGGAUUGAUUUGCACUUUUCGCACUAAAGUACGUUCAUCUCUAGGAGACAGAACGCGUCUCCUUCCUGAGCGGUAUGAUGGCAGCGUGGUCCCAUGGUGUUUAUACUUCCGUACUAUUGUUUGUACAGAUGAACAUGGUACCUUCAGGCGUUUGGAAAUUACUCCCAAGGAUGAACCAGACAUGUAGAGGUCUACAAUUCUUUUUCUGAGGUCUUGGCUGAUUUAUUUUGAUUUUCCCAUGAUGUCAAGCAAAGAGACAUUGAGUUUGAAGGUAGGCCUUGAAAUACAUCCUCAGGUACGCUUCCAAUUGACUCAAAUGAUGUCAAUUAGCCUAUCAGAAGCUUCUAAAGCCAUGACAUCAUUUUCUGGAAUUUUCCAAGCUGUUUAAAGGCACAGUCAACUUAGUGUAUGUAAACUUCUGACCCACUGGAAUUGUGAUACAGUGAAUUAUAAGUGAAACAAUCUGUCUGUCAACAAUUGUUGGAAAAAUUACUUGUGUCUUGCACAAAGUAGACGUCCUAACCGACUUGCCAAAACUAUAGUUUGUUAACAAUAAAUUUGUGGAGUGGUUGAAAAACGAGUUUUAAUUACUCCAACCUAAGUGUAUGUACAUUUCCAACUUCAACUGUGUGUAUAUAUAUAUAUUUGCGAGAAAGAAAAAAAAACAUAGGAUUGGAAGUCAUGCAGACAAUUACAUUGAUGGAAGUUACAAUCUAUCUGCAAUAUUAAAGCUGAUUUACCCCCCUAAAAAAAACAUAAAAACAUAAAAAAAUUUAAACUUUUCUUAGCUGCCAUUACACACUGUAACAAAGUUUCUAGGACAUUCCAGUUGUUUACAAUUCAACCGAAAGUGGUGGAAGUGAAAUGUCCCUCUUGUAUCUCUCAGGGAGUUAAAAGUUACAGGCUGCGGGGUUAACUGUAACACUGUCUUCAAUGGUAAUAAUGAAGGGUAAUUUCAAAAAAGUCUGAUUUGAAACUGAUAUUUUGAUGAAAAUACACUAAAUUGACAAAAAAUAUUUAAAGUUUAUGUUUUAGGCAUGCCAUAUUGACCAAAAACGGAGUAGCCAAAAUUAAUAUAUCUUAUAUAAGCUACUUUUGUAAUAAGGUUAAUUGUAACGUUUAACCACAUACGUAAAAUUCAAUGCUAUUUUAUAUGGCAUUUAGACACAUAAUUAUAUAAAAUGUCACUUCUAUACAUCAAGUUUGCCAACAUUUUAAGAUGUCAAAUUCGCACUUUUGAAUGCUAAAUCUGAAUCUAAUCUGAGUUUUGUGAGAAAAUACAACAAUAAUUAUUGUCAUCAACUAUACCAAUCAAAAUACCUCUUCUUACUGAUAAAAAUGAUAUAUGAUUAGAUACAUGGAGAAUGUUCUGCAGGUCAAUAAUUAAGAAAGAGAGACGGCAAGAAAAUUUAGAAUUAAUAAAACAAUAAAACAAAAUAAUUUAUGGAUUUAAGCAAAACUUCCUUGGCAUGUAAAUACACUAACCAAACAUUAGCACAUUGAAUAACAGCUUUCUAAGUUAUUUAUAAUUUCAGUUAUGUAGUUGUUACUUUGUGCCCCGUGUUACUUUGUUCCCCUUGUCUACUGGUCACAGGCCGAAUUCACACUAAUCAUGGGGCUGAUGAUUAGUUGAUGAGUUGAAUCAGGUGUGUUAGUACUGGGAUAGAACAAAAGCCUUGAGCGCUAUCCUACGGGGACUAAAAUCUUGUUUGAUCAGUAUUUAAUGUAGAAUUUAAUUUAGAUGAUGAAAGUAUCCAAAUGUGUUGAAAAUGCCUUUAUUAUACAGUGUUAAUUGUGUGUUGCAAUGUGAUUCAAACACAUUUCACCAGGUCUGUACUUCAACAAACAAAUUUGCAAUGUAUUUUCAGUUUGCAAGUUUAUUGCAAGUAGCCUAUAUUGAAAAUAUAAUAAUUUCAUAUGGCAAAUAAAACAUAUUAAUCUUGUGUGAAAUUUUCUGUAGGAAAGCUUGACCCUACUGUCUCUUCGACCCUUUAGGGGACUUCCCAGCAGGUGUCCCAGUGGAGCACCCUGCAGGCCUACCUGAACGAGGUCGGUAACUUCCUCAUCGAGGUCACAGACCCAUCUACCAGCAAAGCCCUGGUAGCCGAACUUAGUAAGCUGAACAUGCAGUGGGCCGACUACAUGAAGAGGACUAUGUUUGUGAGUGCUAUUGUCCCCUAUACGAACCUUUCUGAUCUUUUCACCAUCCAUUUGUUGGUUGUUAUUUGUGUAUGUAAGUGGAACUGGUUCAGUGUAACCUUGCCUGAGACCUGGGUUGUGUUCAUUAGGGCAGACAACAUACAAGGUUUUAAAAGGUUUUGCAAUGGAACACGAAAAUAAGAAUUUUCUAUUGGUCAAGUCCAGGGUAGUCCCUCCCUGUUUCAGUUUGUUUUCUUCAGGCCUAAUGAAUAUGACCCUGAGGACUAGCUCCCUGAAUUAAUGGCCAGGCUUUAGCUCAGCGAGCUAACACAGUCUUGUGAUCUAAAGUUGUGUGUGGUCUGAAUCCUCUUGUGUUAACUAGGAGGUAUCAAGCCAGCCCAGUGCUGGUCCUCUGACCAUCCAGGCGGUGCAGGCUCUGGCCCAAGAGGCAGGCUGGCUGCUGAGGGAGCGCCUAGAGGUGGAGUCUGUCCCACUGAAGGCCUACAAGAAGAGGGUGCAGGUACACUACUCUCCUGGGUGAAAUUUCCCCUAGAUACAGAUCUAGGAUCAGUUUCCCUUCCCCCAAUCCUAACCUUAACCAUUAGUGGGGGAAAUGCUAAACUGACUCAAGAUCAGCAUCAAAGGGCAACUUCACCCUACACCGGUAUGCAACAUUUUACAUUUACAUUUUAGUCAUUUAGCAGAUGCUCUUAUCCAGAGGUGGGACAACCACAUAUCACAAAUAAAGUACAUUUUUCUGCAAUAAAGUAGAAUCAGAGUCAGUAGAGUCAGAGCUAGACUUGGGGGGGUCAAGUGCAAGUGCAUUUUUUUAUUGGAGGGUGUCGAGGUGAGGAGGAGGAUUAUUUAAGAUACUGUUUGAAGGGUUUCAGAUGUUUUCGGUAGAUGGGCAGGGACUCUGCUGUCCUAGCUUCAGAGGGAAGCUGGUUCCACCAUUAGGGUGCCAGGACAGAGAAGAGCUUGGACUGGGCUGAGUGACAGCUGGCCUCCUGCAGGGGUGGGAGGGGCAAGAGACCUGAGGUGACAGAACGGAGUUCUCGGGUUGGGGUAUAGGGUUUGAGCAUAGCCUGAAGGUAGGAAGGGGCAGUUCCUCUUGCUGCUCCGUAGGCAAGCACCAUGGUCUUGUAGUGGAGGCGAGCCUCUCCACAUCACCUGGUAGGAGCGUCCUGCCAGGUAGGAUGCAAUCCAAGAGUGUGCAGAGCCUGAGACGCCCAGCCCUGAGAGGGUGCAGAGGAGGAUCUGAUGGUUCACUGUGUCGAAGGCAGUGGAUAGAUCUAGAAGGAUGAGAACAGCGGAGAGAGAGUCAGCAUUGGCAAUUCGGAGAUCCUCCUUGACACAGAGAAGAGCAGUCUCGGUUGAGUGACCUGUUUUGAAGCCUUACUGGUUAGGGUCAAGAAGAUAGUUCUGAGAGAGAUAACAAGAAAGUUGAUCAGAGACAGCAUGGUCAAGUGUUUUGGAAAGAAAAGAAAGAAGGGAUACAGGUCUAUAGUUUUUGACGGCAGAUCAGUCGAGUGUUGGUUUCUUGAGGAGGGGAGCGACUUGGGACAUUUUGAAGUCAGAGGGGAUGCAGCCAGUGGUCAGGGAUGAGUUGAUGAGGGAAGUGAGGAAUGGGAGAAGGUCUCCAGAGAUGGUCUGGAGAAGGGAGGAGGGGAUGGGGUAGAGCGGGCAGGUUGUCGGGCAGCCAGACCUCACUAGUUGCAGGAUGUCAUCUGGUGAGAGAGGGGAGAAAGAGAUCAAGGCAUAGGGUAGUUCUGUGUGAGUGAGACCAGUGGACUCAAUAGGCUGAGUGAAUGGUUUUCAAAGUGGUUGACAAAGUCGUCCGCAGAGAGGGAGAAGGGAGGGGGAGGGGGUGGAGGAAGCUGUCAUCAAGGCAAAGGGUGGCUAUUUGAAGAAUCUCAAAUAUAAAAUAUAUUUUGAUUUGUUUAACACUUUUGGUUACUAGAUUAUUCCAUAUGUGUUAUUUCAUAGUUUUGAUGUCUUCACUAUUAUUCUACAAUGUAGAAAAUAGUACAAAUAAAGAAAAACCCUUGAAUGAGUAGGUGUUCUAAAACUUUUCAUCCGUAGUAUACAUAUACUGUAGCUUAAAAUCAUUGCAUUGUUUGCAAGGAGAGCUUUAGUUGCGAGCAGGCAUUUCAUUGUAUUGUGCAGCUUACACUAUGCUGUAUCAUAAAUAACUUUGAUUUGAUUAUCUUGAACACAUGGUUACAAUAUAGGCCUACCCUAUCACAGAAUAAAAGAAAACAGAGGUGAACUAUCAAUUCAUAUAAUUGAUUUACAUAGAUUAAACAUGAUAUCAAAUCAAUUGGCCAAGUACACUCUUAGAAAAAAAGGUGCUAUCUAGAACCUAAAAUGUUUUUUUUGCUGUCCCCAUAGCAGAACCCUUUGAAGAGCCCUGUUAGGUUCCAUGUAAAACCGUUUCCACAGAGGGUUCUACAUGGAAUACAAAAGAGUUCUACCUGGAACCAAAAAGGGUUCGACCUGGUCCCAAAAAGGGUUCUCUUAUGAGGACAACCGAAGAACCCUUUUGGAACCCUUUUUUCUAAGAGUGCAUCUCAACCAGUAGCCAAUAUUGGCUAAAUAUCCCAAGCAGAGCUACAGCAACUUCCAGAGAGGGUCAGGCUCUUUGGGCUUUGAGGUGACCACUCUGGUUUGGGUAUCCACUGCGCAGUGCAAGUGGGGGUCCAUGGAGUUUUAUGAACAUCAAGGCAGACACACAGUGAAUUUGGAUCCUUAAGCUCGUUGGUGUGAUGAUAAGGUUCAUGUGGCUCAACAGCAGAUUUUUUAAAUCAAAGUUCUGAUUGGCCAAAGUGGUCAAGCCUCCGACGGGCCUUCACAGUGCACACACGUAGCCUAUAGUUCUUCAUCAUUCUCACCACCACCAGAGAGAAGACAGGGAUGAAACCACCAUUUACCUACCUCUAGGCUGCUAUACAGAUUUAUUUGGUUUGUCAUUCUAAUGUUUUUCAUGGAACUUUAGUGGUAUUUAAAUAGAAUUUAUCAGAAUUAAUUUUCCAGAAAUAGUUUUACCAGCUUCAUGUAUUCUCAAAUUGAAAAAAGGUCAGGGGGCACCACUCCCCUGCGCUCCGGCAGCACUACAACCCUGGUUUGCACCUGGUGCAAAGCACUGUCUUUCACUCCCUAAUUUUCUUUACUCUUUUUGUCCCCGCAGCUUUUGAGUAAGAAGAUAAUGGAGGUGGAUUUGGGUUCUCUCAGCCCAUCCCCAGACUUUCCUGUGGACAAAGUGGAGAAACUCAGGCAUACACUCCCAGAGGUAGCCCCUCACAACAACCACAGUGCCUUUCUGCUGGCCUUUCAAACACUGGGACAGUACUGUGGAUGUGAACGAUUUUAGACUAGCGGUUUUAAGUGUUUUUCUAGUGUGCUGGCAGGUGUUAUGACAAGAAUGUGACUAUACAAAUAUUAUACAAGAUUAGAAACAGCAUUAUGUUUUGAUACAAGUAGAUAUAAUUUGUGAACUAGGCUUGGGGUAAAUUCAAAUUGAAUCAGUCAAUUCAGGAAGUGAACUGAAAUCUAUAUCAUUUUAAAUUGACUGACUUCAAUUCAGAUUGAGACCAACUCUAACCCCAACCCUGGUUUGCACGUGCGUGUGUGUGCAGGUUUGGCAGGCGCUGGCCAGAGCGGAAAGGACAUGCAGUGAUCUACAGAGGGCAGCGUCCAUGUUAGAGGGCCGUUUGGCCGAGCUGAGCCACUGGGGGACCGAAGCCCUGGAGGUUCACCAGCACCUGAAAGAGAGGAAACCUGGAAGAGAGGCCAAAGUGAGCACCCACAAUCUCCUCACUACUAUUAUCUUUAGCAUACACUACUCUGUGCCGAUACACUUCUUGUUUUUACAUGUCGCUGCGUGUGUGGACAUGUAUAACUAUUUACAGUAUCAAUGUCCUUUUGCAGUAUUCUAGUACUGGCAGAUCAUGUAUUCUAGUAGUGGCAGAUCGUAUAGGCUACAGGUAUUGACUUUAGCCCUACCAGCAAACCAAAAACAUUCCUAGGACAUUAGCUAUCAUUGCCAUUACGUUCUAAUAAGACUUUGAUCUAACAUUUGUGAUGGAACAUUUUAUGUUUGUGCUUUUCUAAUAACCAAUUUCUGUGUUCAUGCAAGUGACUGACUGAACGAAUCCUCACUAUCAGUAUCUGCAAUUUGGCAGUAAGCUCAGAACCUUGUUUUGAGAAUGAUAUCUCAGUUUCAAGGUCUCAGCUUGGAGAGAAGAAGCCUUGUGAGGUAUUGGUCUGUGACAUGCAUGAACCAGUAUUGGUCGGUCACAUGAAUGAGCUGUAAUGCGUGAUUUGAAGGAGUGAAGCGCAGGAGGGUAAAUCACAGUAUAUAGAGUUUAUUCCGUAAUACAGCAUUAACCAGUCCAGUGCGCAAAACAGGCACACUAGAACAAACAGGCACACAGGGAAAAUAUCCCGGCAAUACAAAAUACACUGAGCUCAACCGAACUACUAUCUCCUCAAAAUAAAUAAUCACCCACAAGGACAAGGGGGUAGAGGGAACACUUAUACACGUACUAAUGAGGGGAUAUGAACCAGGUGUAUGUAAUAGACAACACAAAACAAAUGGAAUGAUGAGAUAUGGAGCAGCAGUGGCUAGAAGGCCGGUGAUGACGAACGGAGGAAGUCGUGACAGUACCCCCCCCCCCCCCCACCCCCCCCCCCCCCCCCCCCCCCCCCGAUGCGCAGUUCCAGCAGCGCGCCGACACCGGCCUCGGGGACGGCCAGGAGGAUGCGGAGCAGGGCGAGCCAGAUGGCGACAGUGGAAAUCCCGCAACAGGGAAGGAUCGAGGAUAUCACUCACCGGGACCCAGCACCGUUCCUCCGGACCGUACCCCUCCCACUCCACGAGGUACUGAAGGCCCCCACCCGACGCCUCGAAUCCAGGAUGGGAUAGACGGAGUACGCCGGGGCCCCCUCGAUGUCCAGAGGAAGCAGAGGGACCUCCCGCACCUCAGGCUCCUGGAGCGGACCAGCCACCACUAGCCUGAGGAGAGACACAUGAAAUGAGGGGUUAAUACGAUAAUCAUGGGGGAGUAAUAACCUAUAGGUAACCUCGUUGAUUCUCCUCAGGACUUUGAACGGCCCCACAAACCGCAGCCUCAGCUUACGGCAGGGCAGACAGAGGGGCAGAUUCUUGGUCGAGAGCCAGACCUGAUCACCAGGUACGAAGACCGGGGCCUCACUGCGGUAGCGGUCAGUGUCCGCCUUCUGAUGACGCACGGCACGUUGGAGGUGGACAUGAGCAGCACCCCACGUCUCCUCCGCGCGCAGAAACCAGUCAUCCACCGCAGGAGCCUCGGUCUGGCUCUGGUGCCACAGUGCCAGAACCGGUUGGUAACCUAAAACACAUUGGAAUGGCGUUAGGUUAGUGGAGGAGUGACGGAGAGAGUUCUGGGCAUAUUUGGCCCAUGGCAAGAACACCGACCACUCCCCCGGUCGGUCCUGGCAGUAGGACUGCAGGAACCUACCCACAUCCUGAUAUACCCGUUCCACCUGCCCAUUAGACUCUGGGUGGAAACCAGAGGUCAGGCUGACUGAGACCCCCAGACGUUCCAUGAACGCCUUCCAGAACUUGGAUGUGAACUGGGGACACUAUAUCCUCUGGUACCCCGUAGUGCCGGAAGACGUGUGUAAACAGGGCCUCCGCAGUUUGCAGGGCCGUGGGGAGACCGGGCAGAGGAAGGAGGCGGUAGGCCUUGGAAAAGCGGUCCCCAAUGACCAGGAUGGUGGUGUUACCUUGAGAGAGGGGAAGAUCGGUAAGGAAAUCAAUACUCAGGUGAGACCAUGGUCAUUGUGGAACUGGUAAAGGCUGUAACUUUCCAGCUGGGAGGUGCCUAGGUGCCUAGGUGCCUUACUCUGGGCGCACACCGAGCAGGAGGAGACAUACACGCGCACUGUACGACCGAUACCUGGGUGACCAGAGGAGGGUGACGUGUGUGCCCAGUAGAUCAGAUGGUCACGGAAAAGAGCAGGCACAUACUGCAGCCCAGCUGGACACUGAGUUGGAGAUGGCUCUGUGCAUAACGCCUGCUCUAUAUCUGCGUCCAUCACCCAUACUACCGUCGCCACAAUGCAGGAGGCCGGGAGUAUGGGGGUGUUGUCUUUGGGCCUCUCCUCUGUGUCAUACAGCCUUGACAAUGCGUCUACCUUCACAUUCUUCGUACCCCGAAUGUAUGAUAGUGUGAAAUCAAACCGGGUGAAGAAUAGGGCCCACCUGGCCUGGCAAGGAUUCAGCCUCCUCGCUGCCCGGAUGUACUCCAGGUUACGGUGGUCCGUCCAGAUGAGGAAAGGGUGUUUCGCCCCUUCGAGCCAAUGCCUCCAUACGGUCAGGGCUCGGACAACAGCCAACAGCUCCCGAUCACCAAUGUCGUAGUUCUGCUCCACCGGGCUGAGCUUCUUGGAGAAGAAGGCACAGGUGCGGAGCUUGGGUUGCGUGCCCGAGCAUUGAGAUAGGACAGCGCCUAUCCCUACUUUGGACGCAUCCACCUCCACUACGAACAGUAGUGAUGGAUUGGAGUGGGCCAGUACCGGGGCUGAGGUGAACAGACCCCUAAGGUUACUGAAGGCCCUGUCAGUCUCAGCAGACAAGCGUAGCCGGGACGGCCCACCCUUCAACAGAGAUGUAAUGGGAGCUCCGACCUUGCCAAAGCCCCGGAUAAACCUCCGAUAGUAGUUGGCAAAGCCAAUAAAGCGCUGUACCUCCUUAACCGUGGUUGGAGUAGGCCAAUUACGCAUGGCUGAAAUGCAAUCUCCCUCCAUCUCCACGCCUGAGGUGGUAAUGCGGUAUCCGAGGAAGGAGACGGACUGCUGGAAAAUUAUACACUUUUCUGCCUUGACAUACAGUGAGGGAAAAAAGUAUUUGAUCCCCUGCUUAUUUUGUACGUUUGCCCACUGACAAAGAGAUGAUCAGUCUAUAAUUUUAAUGGUAGGUUUAUUUGAACAGUGAGAGAAAGCAGGAGACUCAAUAAUAGAAAAAGUGACCUGCUCGCGAUGAGUCUUGUGGGUAAUCAUAGUGACUGGUGUUGUAACUUCCCUAACAAACCCGGACCCUAAUGGUCGACUGUCAAGUGCUCUGAUGGGGAGUGGAAUGGAUAGGGGAACCAAGGAAAUGCCUAGACUGUGUGAGAAUGACCUGUCCAUAAAGUUCCCAGCUGCGCCUGAAUCGACUAGCGCCUUACACCUCGUCCCCUGCCUCAGGUGGACCAGCCGCUCGACCUCCUCUUGACCCUCGGGCGUGUGAUCGAAGACAGCCCGAAAGAGGCGAGCGAAAUCCCCGUAGUUGUCCAACGCGGCUCCUCCUUCAUUCCAGACCACGUUGGCCCACUCUAGGGCUUUCCCCGAGAGGUAGGAGACGAGGGCGGACACCAUCUCCCGCUCCGAUGGGGUCGGGCUGAUGCUGGAAAAGUAGAGCUCCAGUUGGAGGAGGAAUCCCUGGCAAAGAGCAGCUGUGCCAUCAAAAUCCCGUGGUCGGGAUAAGUGGAUCCCUCUGGGUGCUGGGGUGUGGGUGGCUGGAUCCGGUUGCCCAGCUGGUCUCGACAGAUCGGGUUCUCUCAUCUCCAGGCGUUGCACGACCUGGAGAACCCGAUCCAUCGCUUCUCCCAAGCUGGCUAGCAUUGUUGAAUGCUCCUGGACCCGUGCCACGACUCCAGGCAUGCGCUCCUCUCCCGCUGACUCCAUAGCGGGUGGGUGAUUCUGUGAUUCGUGAUUUGAAGGAGUCAGGUGCAGGAGGGUAAAUCACAGUAUGUAGAGUUUAUUCCGUAAUACAGCGUUAACCAAUCCAGUGCGCAAAACAGGCACACUGGAUCAAACAGGCACACGGGGAAAAUACCCCGGCAAUACAAAAUACACUGAGCUCAACCAAGCUACUAUCUCCUCACAAUACACAAUCACCCACAACGACAAGGGGGCAGAGGGAACACUUAUACACGUACUAAUGAGGGGAUAUGAACCUGGUGUGUGUAAUAGACAAGACAAAACAAAUGGAAUGAUGAGAUAUGGAGGGGCAGUGGCUAGAAGGCCGGUGACGAUGAACGCCGAAGCCUGCCCGAACAAGGAGAGGAGGCAGCUUCGGAGGAAGUCAUGACAUGAGCCAAACAUUGAUAAUAAAUUAAUUAUGAAUAAUGAAUAAGCUAAAUCAUGCAAAUAUUACUUGUCUGUGUAACUACAUAAGAGAACUAACGGGACUGCCCCAUUUGAGCUCCUGACAGACGUUCACUAUGGUGCAUCAAGUUUGUUUGAACCUCUCCAGUUAACUUAAUAAACAAUGAUUCAUUUAAGAUUAACUUCAGGUGUCCCUGGUGGUAAUUUCGACGACGUGUAGAAUUUCCACGACAAUUUGGCAUCAGUUAACUGUUAAUAAACAAUGAUUCAUUUAAGAUUGACUUCAGGUGUCCGUGGUGGUAAUUUCCACGACAUGUGUAGAAUUUCAACGACACAUUACUUCAUAACAUUCCAAAAACGUUGUUUGUUUCUCGUGUUCCGCACAGGCACUGAUUUCUCGUGGCCUGCAGCUUGAGGGCCAGGUGGUGACAGAGGGGCAGGACCUGCAAGUCCUGGUGGAGAAAGCACAGACAAACUCCCCUAUUCAACACCUCAAUGCAGCUGCUUUGGAGGACAGAGUCACAGAAGCGGUUGCUCAGGCUCAGGUACUUACAGUAAUGGACAACGGAUUCACACCGCAGCUAUGAUUAUCUGACAUUUCAGGCUAGCUGGGUAGGAAACGGAAGUGCUCCAUUUCAGUCUUUGGAAAACAGUGUGGGUCGUCAUGAUCGACCAUUAAACUAACAGAUUAUUAAUAAAUCCAGUUGCUGGCAGUUACAUUCGCAAAGACCCAACCCUUAGUUUAUGAACAUGUUAAGACCUCGCUGUAGGCAGAUAUAGAAGUUGAGGAGUGCUCUUUGAAGUUUGUCUGUCUCAGUUUCAGAGGUGUUUGCUAAAUGUGUGUAUGUUUGGUUUGUGUGUCUUUCCUUUUACAGGAAAUUGUGGAGAUGCUUAGCUCCCUGGGGUCAAGGCGAGCUCGGGCUCCGGCGGGGGACGAACCACCACCCAAGGUGGUAGUCCGUUGGUACUCACUGCCAGAGACCCAGAGGGGUUCAGUUGCUGCGGCCACAGCCAAGAGUAAGGGUGACCUGCCAUCCCACGCCAAGCCUGCAACUCAGACACCCCCACAUGGGCGGCACACAGAACCCCAUAGCCCACUGCAAGGGGACAGUCUACACCAGGCCAUGAGCCAGCAGACAGCCACCACCAAGGCCCUACCAGAAAGUCAACCUCACACCCAGACCCCAACACAGCCUCAGCCGGUAGGCCUCACUCAAUCUCAGGUUCAGACUCAAAACAAACCUCAAACGCAGCAAACUCAAACUCCCAUUGAACCUCGAGUUCAGCUUCUGGCCCAAGUUCAAACAUAUGCCAAACCCAGUGAAACUCAACCUUUGAACCAAAGUCACGAAGAGCGAGAGCAGCAGCCUGUGGGUCAAGCUUUGUCCCAUGUUCCCACAGUGCCCCAAACCCAGUCUGAAGCAACUCAAAAACAGACCCACACCCCCAAAUUCAGAGUUAAAGGCCAACUGAAGACCCAGAACCCUCCUCAACAGGUUAGCGACCAAGCCUCUCCAUGCCUACCGUUCAUGGUCAGUAGCGAGAUCUACUCGAAAGCCAAGGCGAUGGCUAGGAGCAGGCUGGAGAAGGCCAAGUUUCGCCUGAAAGAGAACAUCCAGGAAGCCAUCGUACUCUUCAGUGACCGAGAGAUGUCUGACUGGCAAGCCAAGAGAAAAGAGGUAGAAAUCAAAUAGUAUUUCAUCUAAAGUUUUAGUUUUUUUUUCUUGUCAAACGUUGCCAUUUGCAUCUCCAUGAUUAUCAUGUGUAUAACUUUUUAAUGUCUGAAUAAAGUGUCUCUUUAUUUAAUCUCUGUUAAAUUUUGUGCAAUAUAGUAAACGUUUUCCUUUGUCAGAAGUUGUCAUUUGUAAUCCCAGAGUAUGGCAAAGGCGCAACACCUAAAACAUGUAUGGAAUUCAAUGUCUUUUUGGAGUGUUGGUCAAUGGUCAGUAUGUGGUCAUGUUGUCCAUGGUGUGGGGGUCAUGAUUUUUGUCUGCAUGAUCUCUCAUCCUCCAGAGGGUCCUGGGUGCGUUGUGGCCCGCCGUCCUGGAGGAGUUCCUGGGGGCCGCUGAGGGUUUGGGGGCCCUCUGCUCUGGGGCCCAGCUCCAAGCCGUGAAGCUACUGUCUCUUUCAGUCAGGAAACAGUGGGAGGUAAGAAUGGGAAAAGGAGCUGGUUCAAAGAAGACAUUACAUUUACAUAAAAUAUUAUAUUUCAGUCAUUUAGAAGAUGGCCUUAUCCAGAGAGACUUACAAGAACGGCCACUAUAGAAAAUGUUUGUUCACUGUUUGCUGCUUCUGAUAAAUAAAUUGUAAUUAUUUUUAAAGGAGUGGGGCAGUCUCACUCCUUACGUAUUUUAUUAUUUAUUGGAUAUGACAGAAAGAGGUAGAGAGGAAAAAUAAGAGAGUUGUGGCUGAAAGAGCAAUUGGCUGGAUUCAAACCCAUGCUGGUAGCGGUACAUGUAUUCUAGAGGCAGCAGCCUAGAACGCUAGACCACCCCAGGCCCAGGCCACAAUAAAUAACCUUUUAAUAAAGCAUAUUGGUUAGGGUUGGCAGCAAGCUGAUGAUUGAACUCAUACCUAACAGGGCUUUGAGCUCCAUUGGGCAAUGUAUAGGUUAUGGGCAGAUCAGUGGAUACAUUUUUAGUCAACCUAUCAAAAUCCAAUUGCAGGGAGAUAAUCAAGUCAAAUGUAUGCUGUUCAUAUUAGGAUAGCACACAUCAGCUGUAGUUGUGCCAGUCACAAGGAGUCCUAAUAUGGACACCGUACCAAUGCAUUGCAUGAGCUACUUAUCAUUCUGUGCUCAUUUAAUUUGAUUUAAUGCCUAGGCUUACUAACAGUGGUUUUGUGUCUUGUGACGCCCAGGCUGUGCAUUCAGAGAUGGCUGCCUUUUUGCCACUCUUGUGGUCUGAGAUCAGCCGGGUGCGGUCCCUUAACCCCACUGUUAUGAGAUGUGACAUAAGCACUACUAACACUGAGCAAGAUGCCACUGACCCUGAACCUGUGUACAGACAACAGGUACUGCAACAUCUUUUGAAUCAAUAUUUCACAGCAUUGUUGCACGGUAACAUGAUAGCAUGAAAUUAGGCCUAGUUUCCAUUAGUGGUGGCUGGUGGAAUAAAUGCAAUGAUAUCAAUGAUCACAUGGUUUCAAUGUGUUUGAUACCACUCUGUUCACUACAUUCAAGCCAUUAUUAUGAGCUGUCCUCCCCUCACCAGCCACCCCUCACCGGCCACCUUUGAAGCAGAAGGGUUGGGAGGAGAUCUAUCUGUUUUUUUACAGGUUGACCCUGAUUGUACAUCAGUCUCAUUUAGUCUAACGGGGUUCUCAUUCUCCAAACUACUGUACUUCACUGUACUUCACUGUAUUUCACUGUACUCCAAACGUGGCUCUGGAGCUUGGUCUACAUCAGGGAUGGACAACUUUGAUGGGGGUGGGGGCCACCAAAAAAUAUGAACUCAUCAUGAGGGGCCGCAGUUGCUCGUGGGUCUGCGUACCCACAUGUGCAUACCCGUGUACAUACCUGUGUACCUGUAGGAUUCAUUCUAUUCUAUUUCUAUUGUUCUAGACAUGUCUACCCACAGAGGGCGGUGCGUCCCUAAGAGGUGCAGAGCGCGUGGAGGCCCUCAGGGACCUGUGUGAGACCCUGGCCCCGGAAAGCGCACCCAGCAGAGCUGCAGUCCAGCGAAGGGAGUCAGGGGGAGGGCAGGGGAGCAUGCUGCCGCAACCGCAGCACGGUGCCACAAUGCCCCCGCAGGACAGGUGAAACAUAGCGCUACAGUUACAAAGUACAGUUUUCAAUGGUGCUCUACAGAAACAGACAGGCCAUUGGGAAGUUUGGGCAAAUGCCAAAUGGGCUGGUCCAUCUUUAGCCCAGUGGUCUGGUAUAAAUGUAGGGUUUUGUGCAAAAUGAUCAUUAUUUGGCUAGUAAUUUGGACCUCAAGGGAAAAAAUGGGCUGGUGUACUAGAAAUGGCCGGGCCAAUUUCUGGUCUGCCCCUGGCGAUCUAUGCAACAAUUCUACUUGCAAAUAACCCGUAAUGUCUUUAAUAUCUUAGUAGUGAUAAAAUAAUUAAAUUCAUUUAGAUCAUUGUUUGAAGCUAUAAAGUUAAACUAUUGAUGGGCUAGUUAACCAUUAGCUACUUGUUUUGUCUGUAAAACCUCAAACUGUUAAUUAUAUGUAUUUAUAUUUCCUGAGGCCAGGCAAUUUGAUUAGCUAAGUGAUGGUCCUGGGUUUACCCCCUGUUGUUGUUCUUGUGUCACUUUAGCAGGGGGCGUGAGCCUGGAGAUCACACCCUGCUGAGCGAGACUGGCCAGCAGGCUGGCCCACAAAAGCAAAGCCAGGAACUCCCACAAAAGCAAGCUGGACACCAUUCUCAGGCUCUGCAAGACCAGAACCAAACCCAACUGAGAAAGAUCCGCCCACCGCAAGACAAGGGCCUCCCACUGCAGGCCCCGGAAAAACCACUCCCAGUCCAAGACCGCCCAUUGCAUGUCCAGGGCCGCCUACUUCAAGUCCAGGGGGGUCAUUUAAUGCAUGUCCAGAAAAGCCACCAACAAGGCCCAAAUCACACUCAGGUACUGGAAGUGGUAGGAUGGUAGGAUGCUAGUCUCGGGUAUGCUGAAUCUGGUGUUUCGCUCUUAAUAAUAGUUGGAAAAGUGUCUUCUCAGAGAGUGGGCUUGGGCUCAAUGAAGGGUGUGGAUAGCUAUAUAUAAAUUAUAUAUAUAUAUAUAAACUCAGCAAAAAAAGAAAUGUCCCUUUUUCAGGACCCUGUCUUUCAAAGAUAAAAAAUAAAAUAACUUCACAGAUCCCAUGCUUGUUCAAUAUAUACAGUUGAGGUUUACAUAAACUUAGGUUGGAGUCAAUAAAACUAGUUUUUCAACCACUCCACACAUUUCUUGUUAACAAACUAUAGUUUUGGCAAGUCGGUUAGGACAUCUACUUUGUGCAUGACACAAGUAAUUUUUCCAAGAAUUGUUUACAGACAGAUUAUUUCACUUACAAUUCACUGUAUCACAAUUCCAGUGGGUCAGAAGUUUACAUACACUAAGUUCACUGUGCCUUUAAACAGCUUGGAAAAUUCCAGAAAAUGAUGUCAUGGCUUUAAAGCUUCUGAUAGGCUAAUUGAAAUCAUUUGAGUCAAUUGGAGGUGUACCUGUGGAUGUAUCUCAAGGCCUACCAUCAAACUCAGUGCCUCUUUGCUUGACAUCAUGGGAAAAUCAAAAGAAAUCAGCCAAGACCUCAGAAAUUUUUUUUUUGAACUCCACAAGUCUGCUUCAUCCUUGGGAGCAAUUUCCAAAUGCCUGAAGGUACCACGUUCAUCUGGACAAACAAUAGAAGGCAAAUAUAAACACCAUGGGACCGCGCAGCUGUCAUACCGCUCAGGAAGGAGAUGCGUUCUGUCUCCUAGAGAUGAACGUACUUUGGUGCGAAAAGUGAAAAUCAAUCCCAGAACAACAGCAAAGGACCUUGUGAAGAUGCUGGAAGAAACAGGUACAAAAGUAUCUAUAGCCGCAGUAAAACGAGUCCUAUAUAUCGACAUAACCUGAAAGGCCGCUCAGCAAGGAAGAAGCCACUGCUCCAAAACUGCCAUAAAAAAGCCAGACUACGGUUUGCAACUGCACAUGGGGACAAAGAUCUUACUUUUUGGAGAAAUGUCCUCUGGUCUGAUGAAACAAAAAUAGAACUGUUUGGCCAUAAAGACCAUUGCUAUGUUUGGAGGAAAAAAGGGAUCGCUUGCAAGCCGAAGAACACGAUCCCAACCGUGAAGCACGGGGGUGGCAGCAUCAUGCUGUGGGGGUGCUUUGCUGCAGGAGGGACUGGUGCACUUCACAAAAUAGAUGGCAUCAUGACAAAGGAAAAUGAUGUGGAUAUAUUGAAGCAACAUCUCAAGACAUCAGUCAGGAAAUUAAAGCUUGGUCGCAAAUGGGUCUUCCAAAUGGACAAUGACCCCAAGCAUACUUCCAAAGUUGUGGCAAAAUGGCUUAAGGACAACAAAGUCAAGGUAUUGGAGUGGCCAUCACAAAGCCCUGACCUCAAUCCUAUAGAAAAUAUGUGGGCAGAACUGAAAAAGCAUGUGCGAGCAAGGAGGCCUACAAACCUGACUCAGUUACACCAGCUCUGUCAGGAGGAAUGGGCCAAAAUUCACCCAACUGAUUGUGGGAAGCUUGUGGAUGGCUACCUGAAACGUUUGACCCAAGUUAAACAAUUUAAAGGCAAUGCUACCAAAUACUAAUUGAGUGUAUGUUAACUUCUGACCCACUGGGAAUGCGAUGAAAGAAAUAAAAGCUGAAAUAAAUCAUUCUCUCUACUAUUAUUCUGACAUUUCACAUUCUUAAAAUAAAGUGGUGAUCCUAACUGACCUAAAACAGGGCAUUUUUACUAGGAUUAAAUGUCAGGAAUUGUGAAAAACUGAGUUUAAAUGUAUUUGGCUAAGGUGUAUGUAAACUUCCGACUUCAACUGUAUAUAUAUCUAGCCUUCUCAGAUGGCUCUGGUUACAUUUUAAUGGCAGUUGACAUUUCAAGAACUAGGCCUACUAGCUAGCUAGCUGGCCAUUGUGCAGAGCCAUAGUGUAGUGGUAACAGUCCCUGGCACGUGUCAUCUUUACAACUCCCCACCGGAGACUGGGGUUUAGCACCUGCAUUCCCCCUUCCCAUUGUUUCACCUCAUCUCAAUUACUUACAGUCUGAAUAAAGUGUUAAAACACCUUAAAAGUGUUAAAACACCUUCCUAAGAACCUCAUACCUAGAGGCAGUCUUGGUUGGCUGCUCCUGGCACCUCUUCAGACAGCGACAGCUGUAGGAGUUAAUCCCCAGUAAUUGGAUAAGGUCGUGCUUGAGGGUGUAGGGUGAAGUUGCCCCUAGACGCUGAUCCUGGGUCAGUAUUGCAUUUUCCGCCCUAAUGGUUAAGAAAAGGAUUAAGGGAGGGGAAGCUGAUCCUAUAUCUGUACCUAGGGAGAAACUUCAUCCUAGAGUGUGCUAGAGCCACUGUCCGUCUUUACUGCCUCCCCUGACCCCGCUGUUACCAUACGCCUGCUCUCCUGUCUCCUAGGUGAUCGUCAGGGGCGACAGCGUGGAGACCGAGCAGCAGGCACCUGAAAGGACAGUCAUCCCGGCCGCCGCCACCACCCCCCCACAGGAAGAGGGGUCGUUGAUGCAGGAAGUGGUGGAGAGGUAAGGGUGCCAUCUCUACAAUUUGUUGGCUAGUGUGAACAAAUGUUUUUUUUAAAGACAGUCUAGACGCAUGCUGAUAACUCUCUUCCAUUAAAGCCUCUUUUCAAUUUGUUCAAGGCGAGCUCAAAUCUUUGCAUUAGCCUACACAGUCUGUAAGUCUGGAUAGGAUGAUCUGAAAAGAAAAACGGUUGGAUCAUGGGUUGAUGCUGAGUUAUGGAUACAUAAAACAGAUUGGAAUGACUGUAAAAUGUUUAGUUAAAUAUACACUUUCAUAUAUAGAUAUAGAAUGCUAUAAGAAAGCUAUAAACUGUUUAUAGACACUGUGCUAACCACAGCAAUAACAAGUUGCCAUGGCCAAUCGACCACAAUACCAAACCGUUUCAACCAACGCUCCAUUUGAAAACUUGUCGCACUUGUUGAUAGUUUUGAUAGUUUUGUUUAAUGCAGGAGAAAGUUGCUAAUGUGAGUGAUGCUUUAUUCUCACCUCCAGUUUUCAUGUUCAGUGGUUGUUUUGAAAGAUGCUCAUAGAUCAAAUGUGUUGUUAUUAAAUGACUGCACUGAAUCAAUUGAACAACUUUUUAUAUUUGAUAUAUUUUUGCUGGUUCUUUUUACGUGUAUAAUUCCUGUCUUAAAUUUCUUUGCACUGUGGAAACAAAUUUCAUGUUUGUUUAAAAAAUGUAACUAAUAAAAAAGUUGAACCUUGCCUAUUCAGGUACAGAGCUUCCCAUUCAGCCUUCAAUUCCCAGCUCCAGAGAAACAGACAGAGUCUGGAGAGAGAGUUUCAGCCCGAGCCAGUCACCACCUCUGCCCUGCACAGCCACCUCAAGGAGCUACAGGUCAGUCUCAGCCAUAGAAUGGUUUAUUCACACGUAUAUAAAUACACGCGCCACAAUGAUGCACUUUGGCAGUUUACUAUGCAGGAACAUUGAAUAGCUUUGCAGCUUACACAAGAUAAAAAAAAAUACAUUAAAUAGAAAUAGAACUACUAGAAGGGACAAAGCCCAGGCUCAUACCAAUUGGACUAGAACACUCAUGGGUGACACAGAUCAUUUAUAUGGUCUCAGCUGCCUUCCCGCCACAGUUGUGUUCAGUAGGACACACUGUUUAAAACAAAAAUUGCAGCGGAAUUGGAAAAUGUGAAUAUCUUAUUGCACACGUUCAAGUAGUACCUCCCCAUUUCAGUCAGUUUAAAAAUGUGUGUGUGUUUUAAAAAUGUGCGUGUGUGCGUUUCAAAAAUGUGUGUGUGUGUGUGUAUGUGUCGGCAGGCUCUUAAGCAGGAGACUGAGGUGCUCUGGUUUGAGUUUGAGCUGCAGUCCUCCCAGGUGUCCCAGCAGCAGAGUGCAGAGGGAGGUGGACUGGAGGGGGACAGUGAAGGGUCCGAGCUCGUUCAGCAGUGGAGAGGCCAGCAGAUCUGCCUGCAGACAAGGUCCAGUUUCACUUUCAAGUUCAUUUGA